AUGGGCUUGUGUCACAGCGAGCAUGAUGAUGAUGAUGAGGAGGAGGAGGAAGAGGAGAAGGAGGGGGAGGAAGAGGAACAAAUUGAAAAGGAAUUUCUGCACUUGAGGUGCUGUCUCUCAAGGUCUCAAGGUCUGGCCUCCAGCCAGGGUUAUGACUAUAGAGAGAGAAUGUGUGUGUCUGUCUGAGAGUGAGUGAGACGGGAGGGGGGCUUAAAAGAUUAGACCUUCCCCUGUCCCCUGUCCGCUGUGUGUGUGUGUGUGUGUAUGUGCAUGCAUGUGUGUGUGCCUCUGCCUCUCCAUCUGUGUGUGUGUGUGUGUGUAGCAACGACCCCUCGGCGGAGCUACUCUCUCUGCGCUGCGGGGAGGCGUCUUCAAUGGCAGGGUAUUUGCAUUGCUACCGUCCUGCUCCUCUCCGUCAGGGAAUUAGACUUUACUCCUCCGCCUCUCUGACUGAGAGCUUCUCUCCUCUGAUUGCCUCCAUGCCUCCAUUGCUGCGCUCAUUUGUGAGACCGACAAUGGAGAGAAGGAUUUAUCGGACAGUCGGAUGGGAAGGCCUGUUUGAGAGGAUGGUAGCGACACGGGCCGCUAAGUAGGUUUGUUUUCUCACAAACACGCACGCAACCUCAUAUGCACACACACACAAACACACAUGAACAAGUGCGCUCACAUACGAACACGCACGCACGAAGGCACACGCACACGUGCACGCAGACACGCACACUCACACACACACACACACACAUAAAUACAUACAUAGAACAACAACACUGUCACGACACAGUCCUUCAAAAAGGAAAGAGGAGGCCACAGCAGAUGUUUUUCCACUCUAUUUUGUAUCCUGGUUAUUUUCAGGUCCAGGAUAAUGACUCAAUAUGAUGUUACAGGUUAUGGAUAUGGAUAUGAAUUAAUGUAACCCCUCUGAAGGACCAAAUAUAAUUAAGCAGAAUGCUCGUGGCUUAUUUUAUUAUUCUGUUAAAGCGUUUUUUCUCUCUGUGGUUGAGGCGAAGUUAAUCUUUGGUCUAAUGUUGGAUUCAUUCCCUUUAAUCCAAUAAUGUAAUGAAUGGGGCUAGGCACUUGGAAGCCUCGACAUAGAUUAAUCUGUUUAUUGUUUGUCUCAUAGGUUUAGCCGGCCAAUGUAAAUGGCAUUGACGCCUCUCUGGGAUUCAUUGCACUGUAAUUUCCAAUAUAUUCAUAGCAUACUGAAGGCCCUUCUUGGACAAAUUAUGUUUUUAUUUUCUAUUCUAUACAUGCAUGAUGCAUUAGACUACAUUUUUGUAGUUUUUAAUUUUCUAUUUCUUUACCCUUUUUGUAUUAGUCUUCGACAUAACUCUUCCUGAUCUUGGUCUGGGACUAAGCACCUACAGUAUAUCUGUCUUGAAGCACCAAUUCGACUGUUGAUGUGUCACUGUUAGCUACUGAUUACAGUUAUUUGUGUUGGAGGAACCAAUAGUUACUAGUGAGUGUGGGGGUUAAGAUGUGUAUUGUGUUUAGGGCCUGAUGCUUGUCACUGCUAACCUAUACUAUUCUAUAGAGACCACUUAGCUGCCAUCUUCUCAGACCAGAUGUGUCAUAUAGUAAUUGAGCUGUGAGCUCUUUUUCCUCUGAGAGUUCAGUCCUCCUUUGACCUUUUGCCUAAAGCUCAUUAAUCAUGUUUGGGUUUAUAAUGGCAAUCUUUCCUUACCUCGAUUCAAUACCUCGAUACAACACCUCAAUACACAUGGGUUACUGAUGUGGAGUGUUUGUUUAGUAAGGAGUGUGUGUAUGUGUGUUUGUGUGCGGGUGCAUACAUGCAUGUGUGUGUGCGUCCAUGUGUGUGUGCAUCCAUGUGUGUGUGCACAUGCGCGUACGUGUGUGUGACUACUGGAUUGAAAGUUCAUCCCAGUUCACAUGACAGUUAUCAGUAAUUACUCCUGUGGAGAAAUCUACCGUAUAGCCAUUUACCCCCUGACCGACAUUUAAUAGACAUGGUUAUGGAGUAAUGUGUGAGUGGGAACAGUAAGAACCAAGAGAAAGGUCAAGUGAAUAAAGAAACAUAUUCUAAUCUUAUUUACAAUAAAAGUAACUCUAAAAUGACACAAUACAUUAUGUACCAUUCAUUUCUAUUGGGCACAAAAUAAUCUGAAACACAACCAAAGCAAACAGCAAAUGCAUCCAACAAGUUUGUAGAGUCACAAGCUUGAUGUAAUCAUUGCAUGCUAGGUAUAUGGGACCAAAUAUUAAGCUUAAGUGAAUAAGUGAAUUCGUCCCAAUACUUUUGGUCCCCUAAAAUGGGGGGACUAUGUAUAAAAAGUGCUGUAAUUUCUAAACGGUUCACCCGAUGUGGAUAAAAAUACCCUCAAAUUAAAGAUGACAGUCUGCACUUUAACCUCAUAGUCAUUGUAUAAUUUCAGUACAGAGCUCACUGUAGGUGUGAGUGGGAACUGUAAGAACCAAUGGGAGCAUAAUCAGUAGAGAAAGGUCAAGUGAGUAAAGAACUGUGUCUCCAUGGUGACGUGACAGUUAAUGCCCUAUAGGAGAUUAAUCAUGAAUGGACCGUAUACAGGUUUAAAUGAUCACCUCACUCCAGUCCAGUGACAUCUUUAUCAGUGAAAUUGGUUCAUAGGCCUACAUAAAAAGAUGUUAUCACAUACCAGUUGCUCAGAUUCCUGGUUAGUGACAUUUCAGGAACUUGAAAGGCUUGAUAUCUGUCAUUAAUUGAAUAAUAUAAAAGGUCUUAGUAAUCUGAUUAAAGACAUAUGUAAAGAAAUUAAAUAAAAUAAAAACAUGAUAUUCUAUACUUCAAGUCAUGACUUCACUGAUAGAUAGAGUAUCUGAUUUUAUCAAUCUAUUUGUAAAUAGCAUUGCUUAGUGUUGCCCUUAAACAUUACUUUAGAGGAGUCUAUAUAAUAGAAAGGAAACUCAAACAUGCUGGUAGUCUUGAUGCUUCCCAACAGAGGAGUCUACAGCCAUGGCUUAGGGCAAAGCUACUGUAGUGCUGACUGUAGAGCAUGCAUAGGCCUAUGGGAUUGAUGUAUAGCCUAGACUAGCAUUAAACUCGAAUGCAGGGCAUGGAUUGAAUGAAUGUUUGUGCUGGUGUUAUUGAUAUACAGGUCCGCUGGUGUGCAUAGCCUUUGUGACCCUAAAGGCAUUAUGUUGACUGUUAGAGCAGGAUAAACGGCUUACAUUACAUUAGUGUGACAAGUGGAGACCGGAGAGAGUGAGUGACAGCUUGACUGGGCUGUCUACAAUGGGAUUACAUCACGAUACUACGCCUUCUGUUAGGGGCAUUAUUUUCAGUAGCCUAGUUAGUGGGAUGUGUACCAUACUGUACCAUACUGUACCAUACUGUACCAUACUGUACCUAGUAGCGGGCUACACUUAUAAAGCAGUUGUUGUUAUGAAUGUGCCAAUGAAAUCAAUAAUCAAUACAGUUCUUGACAGUUUGUGUUUUAGGGUUCAUACUUCAUUGUCUUAUCUGUCCUCUUGCCAACAUAUCAUUGAUGUAACUGCAAAGUAUUUUUGCAGGGAUUGCUACUAGCGUUAGCGCAAUGACAUGCUAGCUGUUCCCAUAGACUUCCAGUCAUUGAGCCAACGUCUAUCCAUUUAAAAGCGCGUCUCGGCAGAACAUUAAUUUUAAAAAAAAUUACAGCACAUUUUUUGCAGCAGUGGCAACAAUGUAUUUUAAUGAAUAUAGGGGAAACACUGGAGAUGUUUCCCUGUGCUACAGGAUGGUGAGGCAAGGCCAAUUCCAUUUGUUUUAUGUAAAGACAGGGAAGCAGUGUCGGGAAACAAGUGAAGCAAUUUAAAGCCUGUAUCAAGGCUGAAUUGGAGAGAUGUAGAGUAUGGAGGCCACAUUUCUAUCGCCUGUUGCUCAUUUUAUAUUCACAAGUUAAUGAUUUUUGAUCAUUAAUUCAUAGGGGAAGGCUAUGAUAUCUAACAAAGGCUGAGACCAGACUGGAGUACUUCAACACUGUACAGCACUGUUGUAGUACUCCGUUCCGGUUUCGGUCUUUCUCUGACACAUUUUCACAUGUGGAUAGUUGAAUAGCAGUGAUUCUACAUAAACACACUGUUGGCAGAUGGUGUACAGUACAGUAGGUACCUACUGGACAAAAAAUGGUUGAAUCAACAUUGUUUCCACGUCAACUUUUAACCUAAAUCCAAUGACAUAUAGAUUUGUAUUUUAUUUUUUAUGUUGAAUUCACAUUAGCUGACAACUCAACCAAAUGUAAAUCAAAACUAGACGUUGAACUGACGUCUGAGCCCAGUGGGUAAACACUGUGGGGAAUGAUAGACAGACCUAUCUGAUCAAAAUAAUUGAAGCAUACUGCUCUUACACCCAGACUACUGGUUUAUAAGACUGCAGCCUCACAACCACGUUGUUAGUAUGCACAACUUGACAGCGUUUCCCUCCUUGGAAUUCAGUCCAAUCAAUUAUAUACUGUAUGUCUCCUUCUUUCCUUUUUCUCUCCUUAUAUAUUUUCUGCAGCAUUUGGACAAAAUGUUCUCAGAAUGACCACAAGAUCAUGUGGGAUAUGAUGAUGUACUGGCCAUUCUCAACUUCCUCUCAUGUGUGAGGACCAACUUACAUUCUUAACAUGUACAAAGCGGUAGCAAGGGGACCACAUUGAAUAGCCCAUGUUUGUGGUCAGUUCAUAAACCAAAAAUGUCAUAUUUAAUUGACACUCUUGCUAUGAUCUUUGACCCCAGUGGUCACUCACUCCCUUUCUGAUUGAGACCAAUCCUGUUUUAACCCCUUCUUGGUAUCCUCUAUCAUAGGAUUACUUUAAAUCUGUCUUGAUGAGUCUCUCUCUCUCUCUCUUUCUCUCUGUCUCUCUCUGUCUCUCUCUGUCUCUCCCUCUCUCUUUCUCUCUCUCUCUCUCUCUCUCUCUCUCUCUCUCUCUCUCUCUCUCUCUCUCUCUCUCUCUCUCUCUCUCUCUCUCUCUCUCUCUCUCUCUCUCUCUCUCUCUCUCCCUCUCUCUCCGUGCAUGCUAUAGGGAAGAGUAAACCCCAUCCAUCUUGUUUGUGCAGUUUACCACUCAUAUAUUCCCCCGUACCCUCCCCCUCCUUGGCUCUGACCAGGCUGAUAAGGGCUGAUGUCCUCAUAAACCAUAAACUCACUGUAUCCUCUCACCCCCCCCCCCCCCCCCCCCUCUAUUAUGUGACUUAGAGUAGACUCUGCACUUGUCACUCUGUGAGCCCCCAAUGGAUGCCCUGGGGGGGGUCAGUGGUGGGGGUGAGGAGUCUUGUUAAACCAUAGCUAAUGUUAUUGGUUACUGGAGUGUGAAAGUAAAAAAUCAAAGAAGAUCACUGAAUCUGAAUUGAAAUCCUUGUGUUAUAUACUGUAUAAGGGGUCUUGAAGCAAUCUCUGGAUUUCACACCAGAAAGUCAAGAUGAGAAACCCAGCCCGAAAAUCUGACCACAUGCAGUAAUGGCGUGUGAUUUAUAGAGGAUAAGAAAUGGCCUUGAGGCCUGGCUGUCGCAUCCCCGGCUGGUGAUUUAGUGUGAUAAGUGAGGUUCCUUCAUCAGGUUCAUUCAGACUGGUACAAUAGAGGAAAUUGGAGCCUGAGGAGACCAUAUUAAUACUGAUUAUUAGAUUCACUACUGCAGCUCCUCUGCUGACUAUUUGAUUCUAGCUCAUACUCUGAUACAUUCCCCAGGAAAAAGAAAGCCAGGCGCCGGCACUUAGAUGCCUGCUUAAAUCUCUCAAUGAAUUUGAGGGACCAACAACUAUCCAGGUUGUAAUAGGUCUAUGUGAAAUAUAUAUUUGAUAGAUCUAUUCUAGAAUCUGCCUCUGCAUAUCCUCUCCUAGGUGCACUUCUUAAAUUCAUUCAUGAAUCAUAACUUAAUAAUGCUGUAAAAAUGAGGAUCCCAGCUGUUUGCAGUGUAUGAGAGUCUCUGGGUUGUUGUGCUGGCUGUUGAGAGCCUUUUACUGUAUCAUAUUGUUUUGUUGUGGGCCUAGAAUGAAUGACCUGGGGCUGGAUCAAACUGUAUUCAUGAAGUGUCUCAGAGUAGGAGUGGAACUGAUCCUAGAUCAGCACUCCUACUUUAAGACUUUAUGAAAACAGGCCUAGGUCCCUAGCAACAAUGGCGUUCUGGAUUAAAAUUAGAGUUUGCAUAGUUUUUAUCCACGUUCACAAAAAGCCCCCUGCAAACACACAACUGCUCCUUUUCAAAUGUGUUGCUAGGAUACGAGCGCAGCGGAGAUGAAAUCCCCUCUGUGUUUCGUUUCUCCAGCUGCAAAGCUCAGACAUUAUGUUAUGUGUGUGUCUGUGUGUGUGUGUGUCUGUGUCAUCUGCAUCUGUGUGUGUCCCCGUGACUGGACCAGUAUGAUGCACAGCCUCUCAUAUCAGACCAGUUAAUCCCAUUUAGUCCUGGUCAGGGUUAGUUGAGGGAGAGGUAGUGUUUGAUGAGCUCAGCAUCUUCCUCUGGAGAGAGAGAGAGAGCUGCUUUGAGAUCUUCAUCCUAAUGCCACCUCUCUUUUUCACUCUCCAGUCCACCAACUGAUACCCCAGGCAGGCAGAGCAGAACUAAUCAAUAUUCGCCCUGUUGUUGGGCAAUUACACUGAAGAUCAGGGGUUGGAACCAGUUCAGGGAACAGAACAGAAAACCGGAAAAUAACAUUUUUUGAGGAACAGAAUCAGAACCGGGAACAAAAGUGAUCUAUACUGUUCUGGAACAGAGCUGUUAUUUUAAAAGCAAGGGAACUGUUUCAGAGGUUUUAAAAGGAACAGAAAGGAAUUAUAUAAACCAUUACAGUUUUUUGUUUCAGACUGGUUCAGAACUUUGUUUUGUGGGUCAGAACAGUGUAAUGAAACAAAAAAAAGAAUGGUUCUGCUCAGAACGAAAUGAUUGGAAAAUAAUUUUGGUUCCAACCCCUGCUGAAGAUACACUAAUAUUUCAUGCUAAUAGCUCAUUAGCGCGUUAGCAAUCCAGCAUGGCUUGGAUAUGAAUCCAUUGUCUGAAUAAUUGUUGUUGUUGUUGAUUGAUGUUAUUAUUGUCAGCAUUUCAACUGCCGUUUGGUGCUGAUAAAGUAGUCCUCUGAAAAGGGUCUAUUUAAUACUUAGAAAUCAGUAUCUAAUUCAAAUGGGAGACCCAUGGGGCGGCGCACAAUUGGCCCAGCGUCGUCCAGGGUAGGGGAGGGAAUGGCCGGCAGGGGAUGUAGCUCAGUGUCACGCCCUGGCUCUGGGGACUCUAGUAUGUUGAGCCAGGGUGUGAGUUUUCUUGUGUUUUACAUUCUAGGUUAAGUAUUUCUAUGUUGGCCAGUGUGGUUCUCAAUCAGAGGCAACGAGUGUCAGCUGUUGCUGGUUGUCUCUGAUUGGGAACCACAUUUAGACAGGCUGUUUUCCCACAGUGGUUGUGGGAUCUUGUUCCGUGUUGGUUGUGUUAGACCUAGGACGUCACAUUAUCAUUUGUUGUUUUGUUCGUGUUAUUCAGUUAUUAAAUAAAGUAAAAUAUGUUUGCAUUUCACGCUGCGCCUUGGUCCUCCUCCUUCGACGAACGUGACAGAAGAUCCCACCAAAACUGGACCAAGCAGCGUGUCCAGGAGCCAUCGCCAGGGGAAUCGCUAGCGGAUCUCCGUGGCAACCUCGACUGGGUCAAGCCUAGUGAAGAGCAGAGAGGGUGGACUUGGGAGCAGUGGAGGAAGAGUCUCGACUGGGUCAAGCCAAAUGAAGAGCAGAGUGGUUGGACUUUGGAGCAGUGGAGGAAGAGUCUGGCGAGAGAUAGGGAGGCUUGGUCCACGGGGAGGAGAGACACCCCAAAAUUUUUUAGGGGGGGGCUCACGCCGUGGACGACGGGAUGGAGCAGUCCAGCGGGUUUGCAGAGGAGGCCGCCAGGUUAAGGGGGCCACUGGUCACAGAGGAGAGGGAAAGUGUAGAGGCACGGCGAGAGGUACUGGGGUGUGUUACCAGUCCGGUCCGGCCCGUUCCUGUUCCUCGCAUUGAGCCUGUGGUGCGUGUCCGUCAGCCCGGCCUGUUCCUGAUCCCCGCCACGAAGCCUAUGGUGCAGCGUCGCCAGCCACUGCCCGGCCUGUUCACUGCCUCCCCGCACCAAGCCUAUGGUGCGGCAUUCGGCCAGCCCCGGCCCGGCCUGUUCCUGCCUCCCCAGCACCAGGCCUAUGGUGGCGCUUCGUCAGCCCGAUCCGGCCUGUUCCUGCUCCCCGCACCAAACCUAUGUUGCGCGUCGCCAAAACCGGCCGGUCCCGCUCCUGCUCCCCGCACCAAGCCUAUGGUGCGCGUCGCCAGCCCGGGCCCGGCCUGUUUCCUGCUCCCCGCACCAUAGCCUAUGGGUGCGCUUCGUCAGCCCGGUCCGGCCCGCUCCUGCUCCCCGCACAAGCCUAUGGUGCGUCGUCGCUAGCCCGGCCCGGUCCAUUCCUGCUCUCCGCACCAAGUCAGUGGUGCGCUUCGUCAGCCCGGUCCGGCCCGCUCCUGCUCCCCGCACCAAGCUAUGGUGCACGUCGCCAGCCCGGCUCGGCCUGUUCCCUGCUCCCCACACCAAGCCAAUGGUGUGCGUCGUCAGUCCGGCACAGCCCGUGCCUGUUCCACCGGUGCCUGGUCCGGUACCGGUCAGCUGCUCCACGCCGGAGCUAGAGCAAUCCGCUCCACCAUUGUUCAGUCCAGCUCCGGCCAGCAGGGCCAGACCGGACCAGGGGUACUUUGGGGGGUUAGAGAGGGAGUGGGGAUCAUGCCCGGAGCCGGAUCCGCCGCCAAGGCGGAGUGCCCACCCGGUCCCUCCCCUGUGGUGUUUGAUUGGCGCGGUCGGAGUCCGCGCCUUUGGGGGGGGGGUACUGUCACGCCCUGGCUCUGGGGACUCUAGUAUGUUGAGCCAGGGUGUGAGUUUUCUUGUGUUUUACAUUCUAGGUUAAGUAUUUCUAUGUUGGCCAGUGUGGUUCUCAAUCAGAGGCAACGAGUGUCAGCUGUUGCUGGUUGUCUCUGAUUGGGAACCACAUUUAGACAGGCUGUUUUCCCACAGUGGUUGUGGGAUCUUGUUCCGUGUUGGUUGUGUUAGACCUAGGACGUCACAUUAUCGUUUGUUGUUUUGUUCGUGUUAUUCAGUUAUUAAAUAAAGUAAAAUAUGUUUGCAUUUCACGCUGCGCCUUGGUCCUCCUCCUUCGACGAACGUGACUCUCAGUUGGUAGAGCAUGGCGUUUGCAACGCCAGGGUUGUGGGUUCGAUAAAAUAAUGUAUGUGCUAACUGUAAGUCGCUCUGGAUAAGAGCGUCUGCUAAAUGACUAAAAUGUAAAUGUAAAUGUAAAUGAAUUAAGGCAGUGGAAACGUAUUGAUAACAAUACAAAUGCUUUUAUUAUCUGAUGAACAAGCAUGCAAUCCAUCAUUUUUAACCCCCUGGUGGUGUUUUAUGAAGUGCCUUGUGACGAGCAUCAUUACCUGAGCCUGUCUGUCGCUAUGGCAGACGUCUCCAGGGAGAUGCCGCUGCGCUGUUCUGUUCUGCUGUUCCGCUGUCUGCAAGGAGCGCAUUCUAGAGUGUUGCUGAAACAGCUGUUGCUUGUCAUAUUGUGUUUCCUUGGCGAUGGGUUGAUCAUGUCACAGUACGCUCCAGGUCGUCUCUGACUGUGGUCUGGGGGGCACAUAGUGACUGAGUGUUCAGCGAUGGCCCACUCAGCUAAAACAGCGCUCAGGGAGGGUGGUUGCUUGUGACAACCAUGGACCAGUCAAUCAUGGUGUUGACAACCUGUUAAGGAAGACAGGGAGAUGGUCUCCUGCUGUGGUGCCUAGAAGGCUGACAUGAUCAGUACUGUUGUUCAGGGCCAAUGACAUGAAUAGUGGAAAGGAUACUAGUACUGUACUCUACCAGAGUUGUCUAACUGGGCAUGACUAGUGCUGUUCAAUUGUAGGGUAUGACAUGUAGUCAAUAUGAUCCCCCACCCCUUUGCCCUCAGAACAGCCUCAAUUUGUCGGGGCAUAGACUCUACAAGGUGUUGAAAGUGUUCCACUGGGAUGCUGGCCCAUGUUGAAUCCAAUGCUUCCCACAGUUGUGUCAAGUUGGCUAGAUGUCCUUUGGGUGGUAGACCAUUUUUGAUACACACGGGAAACUGUUGAGUGGGUAAGAUCCAGCAGCGGUGCAGUUCUUGACACAAACCGGUGUGCCUGGCACCUACUACCAUACCCUGUUGUUCAAAGGGACUUAAAUCUUUCGUCUAGCCCAUUCACCCUUUGAAUGGCACACAUACACAAUCCAUGUCUCAAUUGUCUCAAGGCUUAACAUUUUUUAUUUAACUUGUCUCCUCCCCUUCAUCUACACUAAUUAAAGUGAUUUAAUAUGGUCAAAAAAAAAAAAAAAAGUAUCUAACAUAAACAUACUGUUGACACGUAGGUUUUGUGAAUUUUGACACUCUUAUGUAGGUGUCAUAACCAGCCAUAAAAUAACUUGAUUUAAUGAGGCGUCUUUAAAGAAAUGAAUGGGCUACAUGAUGCAAUGUUACGGUCAUGUUUUAGUGGUGCAAUGUGUUGACUCGGCUAGUUACAGUACAUCUCUCUCCACUCUCUGUCUCUGUCUCUCUUGCAGGAAAAGCAGCCUGUCCUGCUAAUGUUUCAACAUCAGCUGUGGUUCUAAGCAUCACCUCAGGAGGUUCUACACAGAGCAACAUGCCGCACCUCACUGUGCUCCUCCUCCUCCUGUCCCUCACUCUCCCUUCCACUGGUGAGUGUCAUAUGGUAAUCACACUCUAGGGCUUUUCACACUACCGAGCCGAGCCAAACCAAGCUGUACUGUGCUGGCCUGGUUAUGCAGUCGCUGUAGGGUCUGGAACUUUACUGAAAAUAAAGUGAAAUAUCAGAGCUAGCUAGCACAGUUUAGUUCGGGCCGGCACGAUAGUGUGAAAAAUGUACCAGUCUCAUCUUCAGCUUAACUGCAGGUGAAAUAGAAUGUGUCUUGUCCAUUGAAUUGCUGCUUUUUGGGAUGCAGUCAAGGCCAAGCUACUAUCCACUGUAUGUGCAGGCAGAUAGAAAAGAUCUGUCUGUGUUGUGUAACCCCAGACAACCUCUUCAGAAGUUUAGAUUUCAAUUCAGCUGAAGCAAAGAAUGUGUUGUUUGGACUCUGGCGUUCUCACUACUUCACAACACAUAUCCUUCAACAGAUUGGGAUGGUGGAGAUUACAUUUGUUCAUAGGAAGAGGUGCAAGAGUCAUGCUUCGACUUCACCCACAGGCAAUGACAACAGGGUGUGUGUGUGUGUGUGUGUGUGUGUGUGCCUGGCCCAGGGCAUCGCACCACCACCCCAUCACUUUUUGCUGUAUGCCUGCCUGAUCCUGCCUCUUCCGAAACACAACAGAUCCGCAUGCAUAAAUAGUCAUCACUAUGGCCAAGGGACAUCGCUUUGACAUCGCUGUUGCGAGCCAACAAGGAGGAAGUUAAUCUGAUGAUUAAUGUAAUGUCGUUGUUGUAGUUACGUAAACUAAGACAUAAUCAAGACCGUGGAGAAGGAAGUCUGCAGAGGGCUACUGUCUGUUUGGGCAGAGGGCUGAUAAUCACUGUUGACCAUAGAAAUAGAGUCACUAGAAGGGACAAAGUCCAUCACUGAACAUUGACUUGAAUAGAAAUGUCUGUUCUAUUGAAUAGAAAUGUCCGUUCUAUUCAUUCUAUUUCUUCGCUGUUGACCAUCUGAUUCUCCGCCCUACCAAGGCUCUUAUUGGACAAUACCUCAGUACUGUAUGUCUCAUGUCAUUUUACAUGCUGUGACAUCAAACUCAAGCCUGACGAAUACCUUUGCACAAUAAAACUGCAGCAACAUUCAACAGUGUUCAGAUUUCUAGCUUUCUUUCAUCACAUCAAACACAAGCUGACCAUGUUGAGGAUGUAAGAGAUUUCUCUCAGUGUGAUUGUUUGAAUCUGUAGCCUUCAGUCAAUGCCGAUCACUGUGAUUGUCACAUAUUCUAUAAUGCAACAGGGACAGAAAUGUACAGAGCAGUGUAUUCAAAAGACAAGUCAAAUCUCACUGCAAGCAUCAUUCAGUAAGCUUGCAAUGUAUAACAAUGUCACCUUUAACCCCUUGCUUCAUACAGAAGGAGAGAUAGAUAGAAAGCCAGUGACAGUAAACACUGUAUAUACUGGGCGGUGAGAAGUUUAAUUUGCUGCAAUAUUAACCUUGCUGUUCCCAUAACAGUGAUGGAUGAAUAUGCUGAAUAGAAGUAAACUCCAGCACACUGUUGAUCUUAAUAUUUGUUAUUUAGCCUUUAUUUAACUAGGCAAAACACAUUCUUAUUUACAAUGACGGCCUGGCAUGAGGCAAAAGGCCUCCUGUGUAAGGGUUGCGGUGAGGUGUGACCCAGGUGCGGUGCAGGAUAAACAGUAGGCAGUAGGCAGAGAUGGUGAAACAAGGAUCGUUACUGGUGGUCCUGAAACCAGAAUACAAAAUAACGGACUUAUCACAAUAAAAGAAAGGUGGAGCAAAUAAGUCUUCAAAAAACAUCUGACAACCAAAAUACAAAAUACUACCUAAGACAGAAACAAAUAACGAAACAGGGAGAACACUUCUCAAGUACCUGUACAUAGGUCUCCGAUCAGACACUGAGUAGUACUGCUGGACAUAGAGAAACUAGCAGAGAACACUGAGCAAGGGAACACAGGGAAGUGAGGGCAUAAAUACACAGGUGAACAGAGAGACACAGGUGACACCAAUAGGAUCAUGAUUAGUCCAGAUUGUGAGUGAGGAGGUGCCUAAAGUUGUCGGAGGAUGACACCUAGUGGGUCACUCCAGAACUGCGACCCCCUCCUGUAAGAGUGCCCCCCCCGGGCGACGCCUGCGGUUGGCCUGAUGUUGAGACCUGACUGAGGCCUGCUUAAGCGCCGCCCGUACCUGCCUCCAGGUGCGGCGACAGCGACUGAUGUGGGCCUGGACCGACGGGACCGCCGCCUCCUCCUCUUGCUCGGGGAAUAGGGGGGGUUGGUACCCGUAUUGGCACUGGAAGGGGGACAGGCUGGUGGAUGAGCAGAGAAGGGUCUUGUGGGCGUACUCCGCCCACGCCAGUCGCUGACUCCAUGUAGCUGGGUUGCUGGAGGCGUAGAACCUCAGCACCCCCUCCAGAUCCUGGUUGACGCGCUCCGUCUGCCCGUUCGAAGGAGCGCACGCACAUCUGGGUGAGGGCUGUCAGGGGAGCAGCUAGGUAGCUAAAAUUGCAAAUAAAUCGGCUAUAAAAAUUAGCGAAUCCUAAAAACCGUUGGAGUUGCUUGAGGGAUGAGGGCUGGGGCCAAUCCAGUACCGCGCUGUCCUUGGCUGGGUCCAUCCAUAGGUCCCCCUGAGUGACGAUGAACCCCAGGAUGGAGACUGUCUCUCUGUGGAACACACACUUCUCCCCCUUGACGUAGAGCUGGUGACAGAGAAGGAUUUGGAGGACCUGCUGAACAUGCUGCUGGUGUUCACUCAUGUCCUUCGAAAAUAUUAGGAUGUCAUCCAAAUACACGAAGACGCUGUAAUCGAGGAGGUCCCGGAGCACGUCAUUGACCAACGCCUGGAACACCACAGGCACGUUGGCUAGACCGAACGGCAUGAUUUGGUACUCGUAAUGCCCACUGGGUGUGUUAAAAGCCGUCUUCCACUCGUCCCCCUCCCGAAUCCUCACCAGCUUGGUGAAGACCCGGGUUCCCUUCAAUGACUCGAAUGCCGUCGUCAUCAGGGGGAGUAGGUAGCGGUUCUUAACCGUGAUGUUGUUGAGCACCCGGUUAUCAAUGCACGGCCACUGCCCACCAUCCUUUUUCCCCACGAAGAAGAAGCCCGCGCCCGCAGGUGAGGUAGAGGGACGGAUGUGACCCUCGACGAGUGCCUCGUCGAUAUACUCCCUCAUGACCAGGGUCUCCGGCUGGGACAAGAAAAACAAUCGCCCUCGUGUGGGCAUGGCGCUCGGCAGGAGAUCGAUAGCGCAGUUGUAUGGCCUGUGAGGAGGUAGGCCCUUGGCACGCCUCUUACAUAACACCUCCCCCAGAUCCCAAUACUCCCGGGGAACGCCUGCCAGGUCUGGGCCGGUGAUGGAGUCUGUAGCAGCCAUCCUCCCGGUGGCAACCACUGCUAGGGCGGUAGGUGGUUCGGAGUGCGGGACCUGGGGAAAGGGUGAGGACUGGUAGGUGGUCUGGGACGGUGGUUUGGGCUGAUGAGUGGUCGUGGAGACCGGAACAGGACUUGAGCGGAGCCUCCCUCCAGGAUGAGCCGCUCCAUGGACCAGUCUAUCCGGGGUUUGUGGGCGACCAGCCAGGUGUGCCCGAGGACGAGGGGACACUCCAGAGAGUCCACAAUGAAAAACUGGAUAUCCUCCCAUAGCCCCCCCGCCACCCGGACACGCACAGGGACAGUGCGCUGGGUGAUGAAGCCCGACCCCAACAGCCUGGCUGUCCAGGCCCAUGACUGGAACCGGCUCGGAGAGGGAGGUCCUGGAGUUUUAGGUUGGCUUGGAGAGAAUUCCAAGACCAGGGGGCUGAGUAAUGAAAGGUCCUUUUUCCAUGAUCAGUAAAACCUUUUGGGACUGUUAGCAUGAAACAUGAUUUAGAUCUGAGCCUAAAUAAAAAUGUAUCCGUGUUUGAGCCUGCAUGGUGCUGUCCACUCGACAGCACUGUAGAGAUCACAAUGGUGAGUUAGACGUCUCUGAUUGGUAAUAAAACAAAGGGCUGCAUGAUACACAGAGUAAAGAGCCAUCAGUGUAAAGCUUGAGGCUUGCACAUAAAUAGUAUUACCAUAGUCCAACACAGAGAGAAAGGUACAACAAAUCAACUCUUUUCUGGCAGCAAAGGUAAACAAGCUUUGUGCCAGUAAUAAAACCCAAUACUCAGAUUGAGUUUCCUGACAAGGUUCUCUAAAUGGGUGGUGAAGCUCAACUCCUCAUCCACCCAAACUCCCAGAUAUUUGUACAUUUUGACUUGCUCUAUAGAAUGUCCUUCCAAGGUAGUAAUUAUAUGUUUUUUAGUGUUUAGUAUUGGAAAAUACAGUGCAUUUUGUUUUAGAGGAAUUCAGAGCGAGCUUCAAAUCGUACUGAUUCUAUUGAUGUUAAAAGCUGUUUGAGCUUUUUCAGAAGCCAAAGUCAAACUGCUACCACUUGAAUAGAGAACAGUGUCAUCCGCAUAAAAAUGUACAUCAGCUGUCUCAAUAUGUUGUUGAUAUAGAUAAUAAACAGCAGGGGACCUAAAAUGUAUCCUUGAGGCACACCCGAGCUCAACUCUACGGUGUCCAACUUAUAACCAUAUGCCUUAACACACUGGGUUCCAUUUGACAGGUAGUUCUCAAACCACUCCAGAGCAUGACCAGUAAUCCCAGUACACUUCAAUCUCUGCACCAAGACAGUAUGGUCCACAGUGUCAAAUGCCUUUGACAAGUCUAUGAAUACAGAUACACAAUGCAGCUUAUUAUCCAGGGCACAGUGAAUAUCAUUCAAAACCCUCAAAGUUGCUGUGACAGUGCUGUGGCUAGACUUGAAACCUGAUUGCAUAUCACUCAAAAUGCUGUUUUCCUGGAGGUAGGCCUUAAUCUGCUUAUUGACUAGGGACUCCAAUACCUUUGCCAGAAUAGAAAACUUAGAUAUGGGCCGAAAGUUAUUCAGUAGAGUGGGAUCACCUCCUUUCAAAAGAGGUAGGACAAAUGCUGAUUUCUGCAACUUUCAUUACAUUCUAUGGUGAGGUUAAAGGCAUGUUAAAGGGAGAGCAAUGAUUUCUGCAGCUAAAUGAAGUAGGCAGGGGUAUAGAUCAUCAGGGCCAGGGGAUUUUUUUUACAUUAAUUGCUUUCAGGGCUCUACGCACCUCUGAGACAGAGAAGGGUGAGAAGGAGAACCUGGAGAAGGAGUGCUCGGGAGUGUCAGGUAAUUUCACAGGGGGUUCAUGUUGACCUUUAACCCUAUCAACUAUUCCGCCUGCGUCAAGAAAAUCCACCUGCAUAAAUUACCACCUGUGAGUCAACCAGCAGUUGUUUAGGGAGCUGUGCAUCUUUUUUGCACUCUAAACCUUUCACUACUUGCCAAAUUUGGAAGGAUUAUUCAGAUUAUACACAGGAGAUUUGAGGUAGUGGUCUGCUUUCAGCUUUCGGGUCAUAGCCACACCCUGAUUCCGAAGGCAUUUAAAAGCCAUCCAAUCAUCAGCGGAAUUAGACCUUCUUGCUUUAGCCCACAAAGCAUUCCAUUCCUUAUGAUUUCAGCAAGUUUGUCUCAGAACCAAGGGUUGUCUCUGCACUUAAUUCAGUAUUAUUUGAAUGGACAUACUUGUUGCAUACAUCCUGGAAUGCUUUAUGGAAGUAAGAAAAAGCUCAUUCAACAUCAGGGAUGAAUUCAACUCUAUUCCGGGCAAUAUUCAAAACAUAAUGUAAAAAACCCUGACUAUCAAACCGCUUCCAGUUUCUUUUCAUGAUGAUACAUGGAGGUAGUUUAGGAAUUUUACCAUCCCUUACACAAACAACAGCACAGUGAUCACUUAUAUAAUUUGCAAAAACACCAGAAGCAUUAAAACAAUGUGGAGUGUUGGUUAAAAUAAGAUCAAACAAAGAGGAUUUCAGAGGACACUUUGCAUUCAAUCUUGUUACAUUGUUAACAAUCUGAGUAAGAUUAUAGGUAAAACAUAAAUUCUUGAGUUGAUCAGAGCUGGAUGUCAACCAGUCUAUGUUCAGGUCACCCAUGAGCACAAAUUCAGAUUUGACAUUGUAGCCAUCAAUGCCAAUGUCUUUGUCAGUGCUAGAUUUUCUGAGGCAGGUUUCAGAAAGCAUAAAUACAUCUGGGUCUGCGGUUUUUAUCCAAAUAUUCAGAAAAUCAAGUUUUGGAAGAAUACUUCUUUCAUUCAGAAAUGUCAGGAAUUGGGUUAGAUUGCACAUUUCCUGACAGUAAAAGCAGCAAAAUAAUAGCAAGUCUAUAUCAAUAUAGAUCUAUAUAUAUUUACAAACAUUUGGAUUCACAGACAGUAAUAGAACCAUAGUCCAGAGAAACCAGUCUUUAUCACAACAUAUAUUUAUACAAAAGUAUGUGGACACCCCUUCAAAUUAGUGGAUUCGGCUAUUUCAGCCACACCCGUUGCUGACAGGUGUAUAAAAUCGGGCGCACAGCCAUGCAAUCUCCAUAGACAAACAUUGGCAGUAGAAUGGCCUUACUGAAGAGCUCAGUGACUUUCAGCGUGACACCGUCAAAGGAUGCCACCUUUCCAACAAGUCAUUUCGACAAAUUUCUGCCCUGCUAGAGCUGCCCCGGUCAACUGUAAGUGUUGUUAUUGUGAAGUGGAAACGUCUAGGAGCAACAACGGCUCAGCCGCGAAGUGGUAGGCCACACAAGCUCACAGACUGCCGAUUGCUGAAGCGCGGAGUGCGUAAAAAUCGUCUGUCCUUGAUUUCAACACUCACUACCAAGUUCCAAACUGAACUGUCAGCACAAUAACUGUUCGUCAGGAGUUUCAUGAAAUGGGUUUCUAUGGCCGUGUAGCCGCACACAAGACUAAGAUAAAAAUAAAUUUAAAAAAAGCCUAAGAUUACCAUGCUCCAAUGCCAAGCGUCGGCGGAAGCUGUGUAAAGCUCACCGACAUUGGACUCUGGAGCAGUGGAAACGCGUUCUCUGGAGUGAUGAAUCACGCUUCACCAUCUGGCAGUCAGACGGACAAAUCUGGGUUUGGCAGAUGCCAGGAGAACACUACCUGCCGGAAUGCAUAGUGAUAUAAUAAUAUAAUAUAUAAUAUGCCAUUUCGCAGACGCUUUUAUCCAAAGCGACUUACAGUCAUGCGUGCAUAAAUUUUUGUGUAUGGGUGGUCCAGGGGAUCGAACCCACUACCUUGGCGUUACAAGCGCCGUGCUCUACCAGCUGAGCUACAGAGGACCACUAAACUGUAAAGUUUGGUGGAGUUUGCUACAGAGGACCACCAAACUGUAAAGUUUGGUGGAGGAGGAAUAAUGGUCUGGGGCUGUUUUUCAUGGUUCGAGCUAGGCCCCUUAGUUCCAGUGAAGGGAAAUCUUAACGCUACAACAUACAAUGAUAUUCUAGAUUAUUCUGUGCUUCCAACUUUGUGGCAAAGUUUGGGGAAGACCCUUUCCUGUUUCAGCAUGACAAUGCCCCUGUGCACAAGGUGAGGUCCAUACAGAAAUGGUUUGUUGAGGUCGGUGUGGAAGCACUUGACUGGCCUGCACAGUGCCCUGACCUCAACCCCAUCAAAUAUCUUUGGGAUGAAUUGGAACGCCAACUGCGAGCCAUGCCUAAUCGCCAACAUCAGUGCCCAACCUCAUUAAUGCGCUUGUGGCUUAAUGGAAGCAAGUCCCCGCAGCAAUGUUCCAACAUCUAGUGGAAAGCCUUCCCAGUAGAGUGGAGGCUGUUAUAGCAGCAAAGGGGGGACCAACUCUAUAUUAAUGCCCAUGAUUUUGGAAUGAGACGUUCAACGAGCAGGUGUCCACAUACUUUUGUCGUGUAGUGUAUUUCAAAAGGUGAGUGCAGUCCAGAGACAUGGUUAGGGCGUCGGGCCCUAAAUGCAUCAUCCUCAGUGUAAGAGUCACAAUAGCACCAAUAGCAACAAUAGCAACAGCAACAUGUUCAUUUGUAGCCUAUCAAUCAACAUGAGAAAUAACCAUAAAAAGUUUUCUAAGAUUCAGAUCUAAAAUAGUAUGCCUAUGAGGUUGCACACUAAUCACAAAAUAGCCUAAGCUACAAUAAAAUAAGCUACAAUAAGAUAACCAAGUAUUACAAAUCUAAAUGCAAGAUCCCGAGUUAAAGUCCACAGGCUAAAGAUACAAUUCGGAUCAGAGACCACGGUGUGUGCAUGCAGAGGCAUCAUGCCCAUAUCAGAUUUGUCCUAUUUAAAAAAUAUAUAUACAGUGGGGAGAACAAGUAUUUGAUACACUGCUGAUUUUGCAGGUUUUACUACUUACAAAGCAUGUAGAGGUCUGUAAUUUUUAUCAUUGGUACACUUCGACUGUGAGAGACGGAAUCUAAAACAAAAAUCCAGAAAAUCACAUUGUAUGAUUUUUAAGUAAUACAUUUGCAUUUUAUUGCAUGACAUAAGUAUUUGAUACAUCAGAAAAGCAGAACUUAAUAUUUGGUACAGAAUCCUUUGUUUGCAAUUACAGAGAUCAUACGUUUCCUGUAGUUCUUGACCAGGUUUGCACACACUGCAGCAGGGAUUUUGGCCCACUCAUCCAUACAGACCUUCUCCAGAUCCUUCAGGUUUCGGGGCUGUCGCUGGGCAAUGCAGACUUUCAGCUCCCUCCAAAGAUUUUCUAUUGGGUUCAGGUCUGGAGACUGGCUAGGCCACUCCAGGACCUUGAGAUGCUUCUUACGGAGCCACUCCUUAGUUGCCCUGGCUGUGUGUUUCGGGUCGUUGUCAUGCUGAAAGAACCAGCCACGACCCAUCUUCAAUGCUCUUACUGAGGGAAGGAGGUUGUUGGCCAAGAUCUCGCGAUACAUGGCCCCAUCCAUCCUCCCCUCAAUACGGUGCAGUCGUCCUGUCCCCUUUGCAGAAAAGCAUCCCCAAAGAAUGAUGUUUCCACCUCCCUGCUUCACGGUUGGGAUGGUGUUCUUGGGGUUGUACUCAUCCUUCUUCUUCCUCCAAACAUGGCGAGUGGAGUUUAGACCAAAAAGCUCUAUUUUUGUCUCAUCAGACCACAUGACCUUCUCCCAUUCCUCCUCUGGAUCAUCCAGAUGGUCAUUGGCAAACUUCAGACGGGCCUGGACAUGCGCUGGCUUGAGCACGGGGGACCUUACGUGCGCUGCAGGAUUUUAAUCCAUGACGGCGUAGUGUGUUACUAAUGGUUUUCUUUAAGACUGUGGUCCCAGCUCUCUUCAGGUCAUUGACCAGGUCCUGCCGUGUAGUUCUGGGCUGAUCCCUCACCUUCCUCAUGAUCAUUGAUGCCCCACGAGGUGAGAUCUUGCAUGGAGCCCCAGACCGAGGGUGAUUGACCAUCAUCUUGAACUUCUUCCAUUUUAUAAUAAUUGCGCCAACAGUUGUUGCCUUCUCACCAAGCUGCUUGCCUAUUGUCCUGUAGCCCAUCCCAGCCUUGUGCAGGUCUACAAUUUUAUCCCUGAUGUCCUUACACAGCUCUCUGGUCUUGGCCAUUGUGGAGAGGUUGGAGUCUGUUUGAUUGAGUGUGUGGACAGGUGUCUUUUAUACAGGUAACGAGUUCAAACAGCUGCAGUUAAUACAGGUAAUGAGUGGAGAACAGGAGGGCUUCUUAAAGAAAAACUAACAGGUCUGUGAGAGCCGGAAUUCUUACUGGUUGGUAGGUGAUCAAAUACUUUUCUGAUGUAUCAAAUACUUGUGUCAUGCAAUAAAAUGGAAAUUAAUUACAUAAAAAUCAUACAUGUGAUUUUCUGGAUUUUUGUUUUAGAUUCCGUUUUAGAUUCUAUGAUAAAAAUUACAGACCUCUACAUGCUUUGUAAGUAGGAAAACCUGCAAAAUCGGCAGUGUAUCAAAUACUUGUUCUCCCCACUGUAUAUAUAUAUAUAUGGAUUUAUUGUUUUGUUGUUUCUUUGUAGUACUACUAGUCACCAAGCAAUUUUACGAAGUAGGCUUUAGGUAGCGCAGAUAGAUUCCCAAUCUGCUAACCUCAUAACUAGCUACAGUGCCUUGCAAAAGUAUUCAUCCCCCUUGGCGUUUUUCCUAUUUUGUUGCAUUACAACCUGUAAUUUAAAUGGAUUUUUAUUUGGAUUUCAUGUAAUGGACAUACACAAAAUAGUCCAAAUUGGUGAAGUGAAAUGAAAAAAAUAACUUGAUUCAAAAAAUUCAAAAAAAUUCAUAACGGAAAAGUGGUGCAUGCAUAUGUAUUCACCCCCUUUGUUAUGAAGCCCCUAAAUAAGAUCUGGUGCAACAAAUUACCUCCAGAAGUCACAUAAUUAGCUAAAUAAAGUAAUUAACUAAAUCAAACCCAAAUCAGAACUAUUACCUUUUUGAGGAAAAUUUGGAGAAGUCCGUCCAAAGCUUGUUGAAUGCAUGCACUGAAAUAAUCAGAAAACACAAAAUAAAAAUACAAUUAGGAUACGGAAAACAACUACUGAAAACAUCUUAAAAGGUAGACAGCGGCUAAUGGGCUGGUUUGGCUUUGGAAAUAUAUAUAUUUAUAUAUUUUUCAGCAAGGAAACAAUGUUUCUGCCUUGUAUAAAUGCUAUAUAAACAAAUGAUUUAGCUAGAAUAAACUGGGACUUAGGCCUUCUAAAUCUAAAUGUGUGGUCAACUGUUCCUAGAGAGCCACAGUAUACACAAUUGAUUCAAACUAAUCAACUAAUUAUGAUAUUCGUCACAUACUUUGUGCACCCUCAGAUUUUUGGGUGUGCAUGUGUGCGGAUGUAAUGUAUGUGUGCACCUGUAAGUGUGUGCUGGAGCGGUGAGCGACGCUCGGGGGAGAAGGGGGCAAGUGGUGGGGGUGCUUGUACCAGACAGGGGGAGCAGGACUGGGUAAUUGGGAGCAGUCUGAAAGAUGGGGGCCAAGCAGUGCAGUACUCCACGGGAGUAGCCUAAGUAUCACACCCCCUUGGGAGAGGCUUGUGUCGGGAGGCUGGGUAGGAAAGGAGGCUUUCAACCAGACAGGUGCAUGGUGGAGGAACUUUCAGCAAUGGCACCAGAGAAAUUGAUAUCUGUUUGCUUUCUCCAAUAUGCAAAAAUUUCAACAAUGUAAUGGAUCUUCAAAAUGAAUAUGCUGACCUGGCUUGUCUCUCCCUCUCUCUUAACUGUCUUCCAGAUGCAUCUGUCUUCGGAGGGGAACCUGUCUUCUACGGAGGUAAGACUUGUUAUGGAUCAUCUCAAAAGAGUGUGUGUGUGUGUGUGUGUGUGUGUGUGUGUGUGUGUGUGUGUGUGUGUGUGUGUGUGUGUGUGUGUGUGUGUGUGUGUGUGUGUGUGUGUGUGUGUGUGUGCAUGUGUUUCUUAUCAGUUUGGAAUAAUGAGGAAAUGUUGCAAUGUCACCAAACCCAUGCAAAAUCCAGAAACACACACAGCUAUAUGCAGACUGCUCAAAUGGGAUUUAUCAGUAAGUAGCCUACUUAAAAAUCUGAAGAGAGUUACAAGAAACUAUGUUUGCAAGUGUAUUUCCCUCCCAGCUGGUUAUUAGCAUGUGUGCAGUGAGCAUCACACUCCAGACCACAAGGCAUGUAGUAAAUCUGUGAGUGAACUGAUAAGUAUCUAUAUCAGUAUUUCAUGUGAAAGACAUAACUGGAAGCGAAAGAGCAAUUUAAUACCGCAGACGUUAUAUGUGGCAGACUUUUCCUUCUCACCAGACUGACAGCUUAGUUUCUUCUCAGCUGCAUCCAUUCAGUAAUAACUGUCACAAGGUUGUAAUCUCUUGUGGACAGAUGCGCUGUGUGGCUCAAUAGGCUCUAAUUACGUACCCAUGAAUCAGUGGUGUACCGCAGUUUUGCGGGGCCCCCCACAAGGUCUGAGCAAGGUCUACCAUGGGGCAAAGAUAUAUUUACAUUUUUAAAUUUUAGUCAUUUAGCAGACGCUCUUAUCCAGAGCAACUUAAAGUGCAUACAUAAAAAAAAUGUCAUACCCCCUGUGGGAAUCGAACCCACAACCCUGGCGUUGCAAACACCAUGCUCUAUCAACUGAGCUACAUCCCUGCCAGCCAUUCCCUCCCCUACCCUGGGCCAAUUGCGCGCCACCCCAUGGGUCUCCCGGUCGCGGUCGGCUACGACAGAGCCUGGAUUCGAACCAGGAUCUCUAGUGGCACAGCUAGCACUGUGAUGCAGUGCCUUAUACCACUGCGCCACUCGGGAGCUAAUAGCUAAUAUACUGUAGCUAAUCUCAUGCUAUUUUACACAUUUUGACAUGACACAGAUACAAAAUGUUGCUGUUUUAAAGCACAUUUUCUGCAAUUCUACUCAUAUUACCAUGGGGCAGAGAAAACAAUGUGCAGCGUUAUAGCUAAUCUCAUGCUAUUCUACACAUUUGUCAAUGAGGCUGAGAGAACAUUUUGCAGUUUUACACAUAAUUUCCUGUAAUUCUUAAAAUGUUUGCCAUAGCUUAUUUUUUAUUUUACCUUUAUUUAACUAGGCAAGUCAGUUAAGAACAACUUCUUAUUUACAAUGACGGCCUACACCGGCCACACCUUGACGUGAUGCUUCAAGCACUGGGAUGCAGUGACUUAGACCGCUGCGCCACUCGGGAGCCCAUGAAGUGUUCAUGUCCUAUUUGGGGAGGGAGGUGAAACCAUAGAUAUCCUAUUAAAUUACUGGAGGGGUUAUGUUAUAAACCCUCGAAGUUCCAGAAUGGCAGAAUGAAUGAAUGAAUGGCAAAUGUGGCAGAAUCCUGCAUUUACUUAUGGAGGAAAAUAAAACAAAGGCAUGUGAUGUAUCAGAAAUUGUGUAGUAGAAUUAUUGUCAACCUAAAAUAUUGUCAACUGCUUGGCAUCCGACCGUAAGGCGCUACAGAGGGUAGUGUGUACGGCCCAGUACAUCACUAGGGCCGAGCUCCCUGCCAUCCAGGACGACUAUACCAGGCGGUGUCAAAGGAAGGCCCUAAAAAUGGUUGAAGACUCUCAAGUCAUAGACUGUUUUCUCUGCUACCGCACGGCAAGCGGUAUCGGAGAGCCAAGUCUGGGACCAAAAGACUCCAAAAAGCUUCUACCCCCAAGCCAUAAGACUACUGAACAGUUAAUCAAAUGGCUGCCCUGACUAUUUGCAUUGACCCCCUUUUUAUUUGCACUGACUCUCUUGCACCAGCUCUAUGCACACUCACUGGACUCGACCCACACGCUCACAAAUACUACACUGACACUCCAACACACACAUACGCACACACGCACACACGCACACACACACACACUACAAACGCUCACACACAAAACACACACUCACACAUAGACACACUUUCACACUCUUCACAUAUGCUGCUGCUACGAUGUUUAUUAUCUAUCCUGUUUGCAUAGUCACUUUUACCUACCUACAUGUACAUAUUACCUCAACUACCCGGUACCCCCAGCACAUUGACUCAGUACCGGUACUCCAGGUAUAUCAUCUCGUUAUUGUUAUUUUAUUGUGUUACUAUUUCCUGUUUUUGUACUUUUUAACUCUGCAUUGUUGGGAAAGGGCUUGUAAGUAAGCAUUUCACGGUAAAGUCUACACCUGUUGUAUUCGGCGCUUGUGGAGUAUGCUUGGGGUCAUUGUCUAUUUGGAAGACCCAUUUGCGACCAAGCUUUAACUUCCUGACUGAUGUCUUGAGAUGUUGCUUCAAUAUAUCCACAUAUUUUUCCUUCCUCAUGAUGCCAUCUAUUUUGUGAAGUGCACCAGUCUCUCCUGCAGCAAAGCACCCCCACAGCAUGAUGCUGCCACCCCCUUGGGAGCAAUUUCCAAACACCUGAAGGUACUACGUUCAUCUGUACAAACAAUAAUAUGCAAGGAUAAACACCAUUGGACCACGCAGCCGUCAUACAGCUCAGGAAGGAGACGCGUUCUGUCUCCUAGAGAUGAACGUACUUUGGUGCAAAAAGUGCAAAUCAAUCCAAGAACAACAGCAAAGGAACUUGUGAAGAUGCUGGAGGAAACAGGUACAAAAGUACCUAUAUCCACAGUAAAACGAGUCCUAUAUCGACAUAACCUGAAAGGCCGCUCAGCAAGGAAGAAGCCACUGUUCCAAAACCGCCAUAAAAAAGCCAGACUACGGUUUGCAACUGCACAUGGGGACAAAGAUCGUACUUCUUGGAGAAAUGUCCUCUGGUCUGAUUAAACAAAAAUAGAACUGUUUGGCCAUAAUGACCAUCGUUAUGUUUGGAGGAAAAGGGGGGAGCUUGCAAGCCGAAGAACACCAUCCCAACCGUGAAGCACGGGGGUGGCAGCAUCAUGCUGUGGGGGUGCUUUGCUGCAGGAGAGACUGGUGCACUUCACAAAAUAGAUGGCAUCAUGAGGAAGGAAAAAUAUGUGGAUAUAUUGAAGCAACAUCUCAAGACAUCAGUCAGGAAGUUAAAGCUUGGUCGCAAAUGGGUCUUCCAAAUAGACAAUGACCCCAAGCAUACUUCCAAAGUUGUGGCAAAAUGGCUUAAGGACAACAAAGUCAAGGUAUUGGAGUGGCCAUCUCAAAGCCCUGACCUCAGUCCUAUAGGAAAUGUGUGGGCAGAACUGAAAAAGUGUUUGCGAGCAAGGAGGCCUACAAACCUGUUACACCAGCUCUGUCAGUAGGAAUGGGCCAAAAUCACCCAACUUAUUGUGGGAAGCUUGUGGAAGGCUACCCGAAACGUUUGACCCAAGUUAAACAAUUUAAAGGCAAUGCUACCAAAUACUAAUUGAGUGUAUGUAAACUUCUGACCCACUGGGAAUGUGAUGAAAGAAAUAAAAACUGAAAGAAAUAAUUCUCUCUACUAAUAUUCUGACAUUUCACAUUCUUAAAAUAAAGUGGUGAUCCUAACUGACCUAAGACAGGGAAUUUUUACUAGGAUUAAAUGUCAGAAAUUGGUGAAAAACUGAGUUUAAAUGUAUUUGGCGACGGUGUAUGUAAACUUCUGACUUCAACUGUACAUGAUUCAUUCAUGACAAACGGAGAGGAGACUCGCUCGCUUAGCAUCUGGAGAGAGUCCUUUGUACACCGUCACCGGCAAGCUGCUGCUGUCAAAGAGCGAUUGGUUAGACACUUAACCCAAGUCCAAGACCAGGAAGAUUGAGAGGGAGACAAUUCUGAUUGAUCUUUGCUGUCGUUUGUAUGGCCUGCAGUUGACUUGUACUUUUUCCGGACGUUUUUAGGCCCCUCUAUUCCAUUCGAAGACACGCCAUAGCGUGUUUGUUUCAGUUUGUUUCCAGUACGGCAUCGAUAUUAGAAAGGCAUCAGUUGUCAGGCAACUCCAAGUCCAAGAUCCGAGACCGUUGCCAAAAAUCUUUCCAUCACGUUGAUAUUUGACCUGUAGUUGACUUGUACUGCUUUGGGACGUUAUUAGACAGCUCUUUUCCAUUUUAAGACACGCCAUAGCCUGUGUGUCCUUCGUCCACUAGAUUAGAAAACAGCUGAGGACAUUUUUUUAAGAGUUCCUGUGUUUGUUACAGCAAACUUUCAUUAUCUGCAGCCAAUGAGACGUGAGAUUGUAGCUGGCAAAUGUUAAGAGAGGGACAGAACAAACUGUUGUAAGCUAACCAGGUUGUUAACAUGAUAGAUGCUUCCUACUCUAUCUAUCUUCAAUGACCUGGAAAGAAUCGUGCCCCUGCUUAAUGUUGGUAUUCUGUGCUCUGACAAACAAUGGAGGUAUGUCCCUUUUAAAACUGAACUAGUACACAAACCAUCAGUCCUUCCCUCCAGGAUCUUGGAAUGUCUUUUUUUAUAUACUUGCGGCACAAAAUACGAUGGAAGUAUGUCUGUCUCAUAUAAUGUAGCUCACAAACAAUGGAAGUAUGUCAAGGCCAUUGGGCCUCAGUACUCCCUAGUCCCCAGUUCAGGCCUUUCAUCAACCCACAGCGUGGUGGUGGUUGAAACACAGUAGAAUGUUAUCUGCCUGUCAGGAUGGGUUAACAGACUGGCACUGACCGAGACGGCGUCCCAAAUUACACCCUAUUCCAUAUAUAUAGUGCACUGCUUUUGACCAGUGUCCAUAGGGUAUAGGGUGCCAUUUGAGACUGAACCUGGAUGUUCCCCACUCAUUGUUGUUGGCUGUAAAGGACAGAGCAUAAUGAAAUGUUGUCUGGAGGUCAUGUUAACGUUUACCAUAUCUAUUCUGGGGAUCCUUCUGCUGUAGCAGAUGAUGAUGCAUGUUCCUCCACAACAAUACAUGAUGAUCUGGUUAAUAUCCUGACAUUACGAUGAUGAUGAGGAACCUUAGGAAAUUAUUUAUUUGUCAGAUAUUAUGUUGCCAUGGUGUAUGUACUGUCUGCAAUGGGAGUUGUAAUAAUACAGUUAUCUAGAUGUAUUAUGCUAUUGUAGAUGGAAUGCAUGAUGUUGGAAAGUCCCACAGUUCAUCAAGUUGUAAUUGACAAAAUGUAAGUUAGUUGAGCAGAGCUUGGCCAUGAAGAAAUAGUAUUACAUUAUAAUGAUGUAUUAUUGGUUUUCUGCAACAACAACAAAAAAUGGGGUAUUGUGUGUGACAAUAAAACAUUAUAAGUAUUAUUAUUUUCUUCCUUUAUGGAGAAAAUAAAAUGGGUGACUAACUAGAAUUGCCAGAUUAUGUGGAAAUAUGUUGGUUUCACGGCUUCUGUUUGGAUAAAACGCAUGGAUAAUAAUACAGAUCUUUAUAGAAAUAACACCAAUUAUUAACUGUUGAGCUAUAGAAAGCAUUUCCAUUGACUCUAGUCACGUUUGUGGUGCAUUUGGAAAAUGUAACACUCUAAGGUGACUCCUUGUCAUAGAAACAUGGGUGGCCUCCUAAUUAUCUAUAGACAAGGUCAGGGACCUGCAAUGGUUAAUUUAUUGUGUGCUGUCAUAGUGUACAGGGUAUGCAUAGAUACCACUAUUUAUGUAUUCCCCUCACCCACUACCAUAUUCCCUCACUAACCAACCAGUGACAGUCAGUCAGUGAAGGGUGAAUUGAAAUUAUUUUGUUAGAGGAGAACAUGUUGUGAUGCACGGUGAGUUGUUUAUUCUGUCCUAGAUAUUAUCUCUCACUUUCUCUCUCUCUCUCUCUCUCUCUCUCUCUCUCUCUCUCUCUCUCUCUCUCUCUCCUCUCUCUCUCUCUCUCUCUCUCUCUCUCUCUCUCUCUCUCUCCUCUCUCUCUCUCUCUCUCUCACUCUUUUUUCACGGCCUCUCGCGUUCCCUCUCUCAUGGAUGACAAUUGGCGUAUCGACCGCGGGGGAUCAAAUUGGGUAUGCUUUUGUGAAUGUCACAGCAGGUGUGCAAGAAUAAGGGACCAGUCUGCCUUCUUUGUAUGUGUGUCUGCGAAUGUAGCAGCAGAGGUGUGCAAGAUGAAGGCCCCCUGCAUCCAUGUAAACCCUAGGACAUAUUUAUGUUAUCUGCACUCUGUGUUGUGCUGUGUUAAUGCAUGCAUAGCACGCUGCAGGAUUUAGGGCCUGCAGUAGACAUGUUUCCAUUGACCCAGGUUUAAUCGACAAAAGCAAUGUUGCGAGAAAAAAAUACUACGUACAGUGGGGGAAAAAAGUAUUUAGUCAGCCACCAAUUGUGCAAGUUCUCCCACUUAAAAAGAUGAGAGAGGCCUGUAAUUUUCAUCAUAGGUACACGUCAACUAUGACAGACAAAUUGAGGAAAAAAAAUCCAGAAAAUCCCAUUGUAGGAUUUUUAAUGAAUUUAUUUGCAAAUUAUGGUGGAAAAUAAGUAUUUGGUCACCUACAAACAAGCAAGAUUUCUGGCUCUCACAGACCUGUAACUUCUUCUUUAAGAGGCUCCUCUGUCCUCCACUCGUUACCUGUAUUAACGAUACCUGUUUGAACUUGUUAUCAGUAUAAAAGACACCUGUCCACAACCUCAAACAGUCACACUCUAAACUCCACAAUGGCCAAGACCAAAGAGCUGUCAAAGGACACCAAAAACAAAAUUGUAGACCUGCACCAGGCUGGGAAGACUGAAUCUGCAAUAGGUAAGCAGCUUGGUUUGAAGAAAUCAACUGUGGGAGCAAUUAUUAGGAAAUGGAAGACAUACAAGACCACUGAUAAUCUCCCUCGAUCUGGGGCUCCACGCAAGAUCUCACCCCGUGGGGUCAAAAUGAUCACAAGAACGGUGAGCAAAAAUCCCAGAACCACACGGGGGGACCUAGUGAAUGACCUGCAGAGAGCUGGGACCAAAGUAACAAAGCCUACCAUCAGUAACACACUACGCCGCCAGGGACUCAAAUCCUGCAGUGCGAGACGUGUCCCCCUGCUUAAGCCAGUACAUGUCCAGGCCCGUCUGAAGUGCAUUUGGAUGAUCCAGAAGAGGAUUGGGAGAAUGUCAUAUGGUCAGAUGAAACCAAAAUAUAACUUUUUGGUAAAAACUCAACUCGUCAUGUUUGGAGGACAAAGAAUGCUGAGUUGCAUCCAAAGAACACCAUACCUACUGUGAAGCAUGGGGUUGGAAACAUCAUGCUUUGGGGCUGUUUUUCUGCAAAGGGACCAGGACGACUGAUCCGUGUAAAGGAAAGAAUGAAUGGGGCCAUGUAUCGUGAGAUUUUGAGUGAAACCCUCCUUCCAUCAGCAAGGGCAUUGAAGAUGAAACGUGGCUGGGUCUUUCAGCAUGACAAUGAUCCCAAACACACCGCCCGGGCAACGAAGGAGUGGCUUCGUAAGAAGCAUUUCAAGGUCCUGGAGUGGCCUAGCCAGUCUCCAGAUCUCAACCCCAUAGAAAAUCUUUGGAGGGAGUUGAAAGUCUGUGUUGCCCAGCGACAGCCCCAAAACAUCACUGCUCUAGAGGAGAUCUGCAUGGAGGAAUGGGCCAAAAUACCAGCAACAGUGUGUGAAAACCUUUUGAAGACUUACAGAAAACGUUUGACCUGUGUCAUUGCCAACAAAGGGUAUAUAACAAAGUAUUGAGAAACUUUUGUUAUUGACCAAAUACUUAUUUUCCACCAUCAUAUGCCAAUAAAUUCAUUAAAAAUCCUACAAUGUGAUUUUCUGGAUUUUUUUUUCUCAUUUUGUCUGUCAUAGUUGACGUGUACCUAUGAUGAAAAUUACAGGCCUCUCUCAUCUUUUUAAGUGGGAGAACUUGCACAAUUGGUGGCUGACUAAAUACUUUUUUUCCCCACUGUAUAAUAGGUUAAUUUAUAUACGUAUAUACGUGUAAUGGAAACGGCAGAUAUAGGAGAAAUGUUCUAAAGAUCGUCAACAUUUUUACAGUUCAACAGAGGUGUUUUUUCAUUUUGUCUAACUGUCUUUAUUGAUGAUGGGAACUAUGUUUUUUGAAUACAUGAUUGCCAAAUAAUUCUGAAGGUAUGUGGGGUACGAGAUGUCAUCACGUAGGCCUAACUAAAAAGCUCCACUCCACGUUGAACUAUAAAUGCCUACUGCUUGCAAAAUCAAAAUCAACAUUUGCUAUCCUUGUCCUGACUUUCAAGAAUGCCUGAAUUGCUUCACCUUGCUUUUCUGGUUGACCUGAUUCAAGUUUCACCAUCUAAUUAUUUCAGAUCUACAGCGCAAGUUUCACCAUGGCACAGCCCGUGGCAAUAUGUUGGCACAUGAGAAUUAUUAGAAUAUGGCAAAUAUUAGUCAAUUAUUGUAUUCUAUCCAUGCUGGCUUUCAUGGCCUACCUGAGACAUGAAACAGAUAGGUGGGAGGGUAUACAGGCUGUCACCAAUUUACGAAUGCGCAAUUUGCCUAAAUGGAAACACUUCAACCACUUGAUUUAUAUUAGACACAGUUUUUUGUUUGUGUGUGACGUCAUUACGUCCAGCAGUUUUUAUAGACACAAGAUAGUUCAAUGGAAACAUGUAACAAGCAAUUAUCUCUCUCUCUCUCUCUCUCUCUCUCUCUCUCUCUCUCUCUCUCUCUCUCUCUCUCUCCCUCUCUCUCUCUCCCUCUCUCUAUACACAUCCACCAUACAAUAUGACCAUGCACAUCUCUAUUACUGAAUAUGAUUCAUAUUAAUAUAUUCUUUGUGAUGCAGUGAUACCCAAUGCACACUACAGUAAACCUUCCCCGGUGAGGAUUUGGCUAGCAACAAAGCGCUAGCCAUGUUUCACUCACAGGCAUGGCAUGGUGAAUAUCUCCCAGAAUGCUGCAGUAGAGAUGCCCUCAGGAUACAGUACAUAUGUUCACUGUCCCACUUGGCAACAACCAAUUUGUUCAUGCAAACAAACAAAUAAACCAACAAAUAGAAACCCAGAUAAACAACUGUCUGGGAGUCUGGGAGUUAACUGCAUGUUAGCUUGUAGCUCGCCUAGUUAUGUCUGUAUUGUGCAUUAAUGACAUUUACAAAGAAUAUCACAAUAUGCAUAAACAUGUGCAACACUAUAUAGCUCACAUAUCCAUUGUGAUAUGUGAUGAAAACAAAAUAAUUAGUGAGUUUCCCCACAGGCUGGGAGACCCGUGUGACAUACAAGGGGUCUUGCACUGUCACCAUUCUCUACAGUAUUAUAAUGUGUUGUAGCUUAUUAAUAAUCCAAAUUCACGCUGGCUAAACGUUUUCCUAAUAUAAUACCUCAUUGAUGAAUAAUAGAUGUGUCAUUUCAUUAGAGGCUCUGAUGCCAGGAAGGAACGAAAGAAUGAAAGGAGGAAAAUAAAAGCUUCAGACGAGACCAGGAUCCUGGAUCAGGAGAGAGCUGUCAAUUUACAUUCAAAUGAGUCCCAACAGGUUUGUGUUGGUAUUGUUCCAGUCUAGGGCAGACAGUGUUGAUGAAUAGAGUCCUGUUGUCUGAUAAUAAAGUCCAGAGGAAGGCUCUUCUCUUCACAGCAGGGCCCAGGAGAGAAAAGGUUGUGUCAGUGUGUUUGUCCAUUGACUGCUAGGUACAUGAUUGCCUACCCCAAAAAGCUUUAUACGCCUUUAACGGAGUCACCCAGCCAUCGCUGCCACAGCCAAGUCAUGCCAGAAGAUGAGACAGAGAGGGGGAUCGAGAGUGAGAGAAGGAGUGUCUGAGACGCUGAGAGACACACAUAAUAAGAGGAGGAGAGAGAAAGACAAAGAACAAUAUUGAAGUAUUUCAAGAGGGAGUGUGAGAGAGUAGGUAUACAGGAAGUAGGGAACAGAGAGAUGAGAGAGAUGGAGACAGAGAAAAACAGCCUUUGUUUGAGCGAGGGAAGGAGAGAGACAGAAAGCUAGUGAGAGAGAGAAAGAUAGAGGCUAUUGAUGUUUUUUAUUGAGACGUCCUCAAUCAAUUGAGAGAGUGAUAGAGGCAGAAUAGCGAGACGGUCGAGGAAGAGAGAAAGGCAGCAAUAACCAAUGAGAGAGGAGAGAGAAAUCAUGUGAGAGGGAAAGGGAGAGAUAGAGCAUCAAUACAGAUGUGGGAGCAUCAAGGUCCCUGGUUUCUGCAGGCUGUGGGCCUCAUGUGGUCUGUUUAGCACUCCUCUCUACCAUCUGUCACUUCACAUAGUAAAGUCAGGGAGUGAUGAACGCACACGCAUUACUUUACGAUGACUAGCAUUUCUUUCACAGGGCCAGACAGGCCUGUGUGUCGAUUUCAGCUCUGUUCCAUACGGUCACUGCUCUUCUCCUCUUCUCCCUCCUCCUCUCUUCUUCCCUGAACACUGUUUCUCACUUAACUUACCUCCAUGCCCUGUUUAUGCCAGAGCAUGUGUAAUUCUCUCUCUCUCAAGCAGCAAUCAUUCCAAAUGGUUGGUACUAGGCCAUCAAGCUAUGUCAGUGUCAAGCACUUACACAUUGUCCUUGUGUUGGAGUGUGUGUGAGCUUCAUUCCUGUCCAUUGCAAUUGUUUUCUUAUAUUUUCUGAAGUAUCUGAUAAAAUCAUAUUUUCUAAAGUCCAAGGUUCUCCCUCUCUUUCAUUCUCAUUCUCUGUCGCUCCCUCUCUCUCUCUCGUUCUCUCUCUCGCUCUCCCUCAUUGUCUCUCUCUAUAUCUCUCUCUCUCACUGAGAAUGAAGACUUAUAAUAGCAGUAAGGCACCUCAGGGGUUUGUGGUAUGUGGCCAAUAUACCACUGUUAAGUACUUAUGCACGAAGCAACGCCCUUAGCCGUGGUAUAUUGGCCAUAUACCACAAACCCCUGGUGCCUUAUUGCUAUUAAAAACUGGCUAUUACAACGUAAUUAGAGCAGUAAAUAAGUAGUGUUUUGUCAUAUCCGUGGUCUACUGUCUGAUAUACCACAGCUUUCAGCCAAUCACUAUUCAGGUCUCGAACCACCCGGGUUUAUAAUAAGACAUAAGCAUUUUUGCUGUCAGGAUAUUGUGAGAAUAUGAAUCCUUUGUCCUGGGUUUGUAAAGGUGGCAGUUAGCGUGUAUUUCUUAUAUUUUUAGAGGAAUUAAUCUUCAGGGAAUCUUUUAGAGGCAUUGCUUGCCUAUUUAGACAGAUGAGAUAAGUGCAGGAUGUGUGUGUGUGUGUUGUGGUGUGUGUGUGUGUGUGUGUGUGCUCCUCAGUGACAGUGGCAUAGAGGUGACAGAUGUGCUUAGAGAGCGAGAUCACACACACACACACACCUGAAUGCACAGUCACGAUCUGAGAGAAUAAUCAGCGUCUCAGGAACAUUUAGCCUCAUUGGUUAUUCAUUGCCUUGUCUUGCAUUGCGUUUCUGUCUUAAUCAUGGGCGCUUUGUGAUGCCUGUCUUUUUUAAUGACUAAUUGGAUCUAAUUAUCCAAGUGUGUUUGUGUGUGUGUGUGCAUGCAUGCAUGCGUGGCGCGUAUGUUUUGAUUGUGUGUGUGCAUUCGUGUGUGCUUGCGCACGCACGUGAUCUCGUUAUCAAUGUGUGCUGACACCGUUGUUAAAGUCAGGUCGAAUGAGGCCAGGCAUUUCCAUCAAAGAGAUCUCUCUCUGGGUUUAGCUCACUAACUGCUUGUCUUGUCAGCUCUGAAUAUUAUGUUAAUGGUAUCUGAAAGGGGUUGGGUUAAAUGUUUAUUUCCAAUUUAAGAUUGGUAUUAGCUUCCGACAAUAAUUGAACCAAUGGGAGAUGGUUCUACGUAUAGUAGGUUUGCCACCUGACAUCCCUGUCAGAAGAUAUACAGUACUAAGAAAUACCAAGGGUAGGAGCCAGGUUGCUGGGAGUAGAAUGACAUUACACCAUGUUGUUAUUUUACUGCAAGAAUGCAUUUAAUCAUUAACAAAUGUUUUCUUUGUGAAAGAAAAUAAACUCAACUUCACAUCACUUACUCACACGUCUUUUCCCGAGACCUGUGUCUUAGUCAUUAGGCACUAAGCGAAAGAAAAUUAACUGUAACAGGAAGGGACUAUCCUGUCCAUCUGUCUAUCUGACCUAGUAGGUCCUGAUUCAUUCACCCUGUUUGUCUGUCUGUCUCUUUCCUCUCAGACGAUGCUACAGGUUACGGCCCGGUGUUUGAGGAUCAGCCAGUCGAAACCAUCUACCCCGAGGAGUCGCCUGAGGCCAAAAUCACCAUGAGCUGUCGAGCACGAGCCAACCCACCUGCCACAUACCAGUAACAUAUGCUCUGCUCUCCUCUCUCCUCACCCCCUUAAAUACCACCUUCUGUGUGUGCUGUACUGUAUGUCCCCCAUCACUUGCCAUCUCUCUGUCUUUCCUCAGCAUGAUGUCCUGCACAGGGCCAAGUCUGGAGGUCCUAAUACAUGACCUAAAAGGACCUUAAAACAUUCAGGCCUCAUUCGCCAUGCAAUUCAUGAAAUGUGGAAAAAUGAAUUGUGAUAGAUGUUUAAAAUGAACUUGAUUUUCUUCUUCUUCUUCUUCUUCUUCUUCUUCUUCUUCUUCUUCUUCUUCUUCUUCUGCUUCUUCUUCUUCUUCUUCUUCUUCUUCUUCUUCUUCUUCUUCUUCUUCUUCUUCUUCUUCUUCUUCUUCUUCUUCUUCAGGUGGAGGUUGAACAGCUGGGAGAUAGACCUGGACGGUGAUAACCAUUACACCAUGGUCGGGGGCAACCUGGUCAUCUCUAACCCCAUUAAGAACAAACACGUUGGGAAGUACUCCUGUGUGGCCUCCAACGACUACGGCACCGUGGUCAGCCGAGAGGCCGGCGUCCAGUUUGGAUGUGAGUGGAUGAAACACUGGGGCGUGAUCGGAUCCACCGUUAGUCGUUAUGUAACACAUUAUCAUAGGCAGAAAGGAUGGAAGGACUUUUUUUUUAACAGCCCCUCAGGCAAGUGCUAUGCUUUCAUGCCUAUAUUAGUAGAGCUGUGAUAGGGACUCGGGAGGGAGGCGGCAGUGCCACAUCAUAACAACUUUGGAAAUGAAAUUUGAAUGGUCAAACUUUCGAGUGUGGCACGAGACGGAAUCACUUCUGCUGAAUCAAUAGUUAGUUCCCUCCCUUUGAAAUAGGACAGUUGCAAAUUACAAGCCUGCUAGCUAAAGUAAUGCAGGUCCUGGUUUUAAAGUGGUUUUGAGCUAGGAGGUAGGACAGGGUUUAAGAGGAUUGGAGGAUAAGUGUUAUUACAUAAAUGAGGUGAAGGAGAGCAUGACAGUGGAUUCUCCAGGCUUGUUAAUGAAUCUGAACUCUCUGUCUUUCUCUUCUCUCGCCCCUUCCUCCUCUCCCCCAUCACUCGCUCUCCCUCUUUCUCCCUCUCUCUCGCUCUCUCUCUCUCUCUCUUGCUUCCACCCCUUUCUCUCUGUCUCACUCUCGCUCACUCUCUCACGCUCUCUCCUCCAGACCUGGACUUCUUCUCGUCUGAGGAAAGAGAGGCGGUGUACGUGAAGGAGGGGCAGGGGGCAGUCCUGCUUUGCGCUCCUCCCCCACACUACCCAGGUAGGUGCUAAAGUUAAUUAUCUGAUGCUAGGCUAUUUCUACAGCUAAUGCUAAUACUACACACAGCUUGUGUCUUAAGACAUGUCUUCAAAAAUGUAUCUUAAAAUGUCUUAAGAUGUCUUGAAAAGUAUCUAUGUCUUAGUUGAAGUGUCUCAAGACGUCUCAACUUAAUGUCUCAAGAUGUGUCGAGACAUCUUAAGACAAAGUGUGAUGGCUGGGUAUGAACGCUCUCGUGCUACGUUAGCGCUAUAGUCUGUAGCAUUGCACUUGUUACAUGUGUCUCUAUUCCAGUAUUAAAUCCAACAGUAUGUUACGACUCAGGCAAUUAACCCAGAUAGUCAUAACAGUGAAAAAUCAAUGAAAGUAUGCCCCCUGCUGGUGACUGGCAGUACUCCUUCAUGAGGCUGCUUCUGUUCUGACAUAUUGCAGGCUAUAUUCUCACACUGUAGCCCUGAGCUGAGUUUUACACUUCUAGUCUCAGUGUGGGGCUGUGUGAGGCAAAAUAAGCUGUUUUGAAUGCUUUUUUAUGUCAUUUCAUAAAGUAGCUUUGUAUUCUUCAUCAAAGGUACUUUACACUAAUCUGUUCAGGUUUUCCUCUCUGAGUCUCUGAGUCGGGCGUGUUUCUUGGCCCUAUUUUGUUCUCCUUUAUUUCUCUAUUUCUUCAUCUUUGAUCUUUGUUAAAUAAACGUAUUUGGUAUCAAACGGGAGCUCCACUAGAAUUUUGUACAGCAGAUGUGCAUGUUCAUGGUUAUGCAAAUGAUUCCAACCAAACCAUUCUGUGAAAUAAUGGUAACGUUUUUCAGCUGCUGCCGCGGCUACAGAAUGACAGUUCCUCAGUGAGAAUUGUCCUCUUUUCAUAGCGUCAUGACAACAGUUUGAUUGUUCAUUGUUAGCUUUCAUUUUGAAGGUCAAUACCCGCUUGUGUAAUGAAUCCCUAAACAAACCCCAAAUAAAGCAUUUUGAUAUUCAUAUUUCACAUUUAUUCAGAGAGAGAGAGAGAGAGAGAGAGAGAGAGAGAGAGAGAGAGAGAGAGAGAGAGAGAGAGAGAGAGAGGUUUGGGUCAGCAUGAUAGUAUGGUUUGGGUCAGCAUGAUAAUGUGGUUUGGGUCAGCAGGAUAAUGUGGUUUGGGUCAGCAUGAUAAUGUGGUUUGGGUCAGCAUGAUAAUGUGGUUUGGGUCAGCAUGAUAAUGUGGUUUGGGUCAGCAUGAUUGUGUGGUUUGGGUCAGCAUGAUAGUGUGGUUUGGGUCAGCAUGAUAGUGUGGUUUGGGUCAGCAUGAUAAUGUGGUUUGGGUCAGCAUGAUUGUGUGGUUUGGUGUGAAAAUAGUAUAAAAAAAUAAUAUAAGAGCCAAUUCCUCAGCCUCUCUCCUCGCUCGGCUCCAUAUUGGCACUCCAUCCCUCCCCCAUCUCCUCUGUAUUUGACUGACAGAUUCAGGCUUGAUUGAAAGGUUGAGGGUUGAUUGACAGGUUGAGGGUUGAUUGAAAGGUUGAGGGUUGUGUAUCUUUUCUCCAUAGACGAGCUGUCAUUCCGCUGGAUUCUGAAUGAGUUCCCUAUCUUCAUCAUGCUGGAUAAACGUCGAUUCGUCUCCCAGACUACAGGGAACCUCUACAUCUCUAAGGUGGAUUUCAGAAUGUGUCUUUGACUGUCUGCAAUGACACCCUAUCAUUUCACCCUACCACACUUUUUGACACCCUACCUGGUCAAAAGUAGUGCACUAUCUAGGGAAUAGGGUGCCAUUUCUGACACACAUUUGAACUUUUUUGAGUGAUGCUCACAGUUUAUAGAAAUUUAAUAAAUGCUGAAUUUACAGCAUCAACAUUUUCACAUAAAAACACGCAGUUACAAACAUGUAUUACAUAAUACAGGACAUAAGAUCAAAUAUGUUUACAUAAAUUGUUUAUGUCUUUCACCAGGUGGACUCAUCAGACAGUGGCAACUACUCCUGCUUCGUCUCCAGUGCAUCCAUCGCCAAGAGCGUCUUCAGCAAGUUCAUCCCCCUCGUCCCCCUGGCUGAACGUUAGUUCCUGUUUUUCAGUUCCUGUUUUAACUGUCCUAUAUGUUGAGAUAGGAAUCUAUUCAGCAAAGAUUCCUGUCCCAUCGUAUCUAAUAGUAUGCACAUACCAUGACCUAUAAUAAAGUUAUUGUUACUGGAAGAUUUCAGUGAUCACACAAUUGCCCACUUUUUGUUUGGAAGAUAUGAAUCUGUUCAGUGAAGAUGGGCACCAUAUUAACCAACAGUAUGUGAGAUCAUUAUCAAGGUGUUAGAUAUCACACAAUUGCCUACUAUUUGUAGUAUGCUUAGGGUAGUAGAGUUGGUCCAUCUUGUGACCUGUGAACCACAUAUGAACAUUGAUAAAGAGAGGUCGCUAGCAGGCGAGAACCCAGACAGUCUCCAUCUCCGGAGUUGGAGUUUCAGACCACAGUUGAACUGUUGAGAGAGAGCCAGGUAGCUUAGUGGGUAAGAGCGUUGUGCCAGUAACCGAAAGGUCGCUGGUUCUAAUCCCCGAGCCGACUAGGUGAAAAAUCUGUCGAUGUGCCCUUAAGCAAGGCACUUAACCCUAAUUGCUCCUGUAAGUCGCUCUGGAUAAGAGCGUCUGCUAAAUGACUAAAAUGUAAUGUAAAAUGUGUUGAUUAUGAAUGUGGGAAAGGCUUGAGGAGAGAAAUAAUUGAGAUAGAGAUGAAGAGAAGGCAGCAGCUUCACUUUCCUCAAGAGUUCAUAAGUGAUUACUUGUUUGUGAUGUACUCUUAGUUGGUCCUCCUCGUUUGCUGAGUUAUGCUAACAUUACCUAGUACCAACCGAGCAGAUGAAUUAACACAAACGAGCAUGUUCUUAGCCUGGUCCCAGAUCUGUUUGUACUCUCUUGGCAAUGCCUAUGGUCAUGUCAUAUUUGGCAAUUACAAGCAUGACGAUUACCCAAGGAGUUGGCUAUAGCACAAACAUGGUAGGGAACAAGCUAGCAUGUUGUGUUCUAGUUGAAAAGGUUGUAGGGGAGUACCGUAGUUUACCCGGCAACACUUCAUGCUUUGUCAUGCAUAUGUUUUAUUAUGACUACAUUACUACAACACCACAGGGGCCUCUGGCUGUGUCAUGGCCCAUAUUUAGCACUGUAUUGUACACUCAUCCUGGAGGGCAGACUGAGCUGGAAACACUGUGUGUGUGUGUGUGUGUGUGUGUGUGUGUGUGUGUGUGUGUGUGUGUGUGUGUGUGUGUGUGUGUGUUGCAGCAUAGCUAACGUAUCCAACCUGACAGAACCGUUUACAAUAAAGCACCUCCAACCAUGCAUCACCUUGUCUGUACACAGAGUUAACUAACAUAACAUAUUGUUGCUGCUCUAAGUUAUUCUGCCUCCGAGGGGGUGUUAUGAAUAAACAGGUGACUCACGUCCAGUUGUUUCUAUUUCCUGUUUCUCCACCAACCAGGUCCAAUCAGGAAGUACCCUGCUGACAUCAAAGUCAAGUUCCCAGACACCUACGCACUGGUGGGACAGAAUGUCACACUGGAAUGCUUCGCCCUGGGAAAGUAAGUCUGGUUAUAGCCAAUGCAUUGCUACAAGUACAUUUAUUAGAGAAUCACUUAUACUAGGUAUCCUAGGUCAGACUUAGAGUAUGAAAUGGUUUAUUGUAAUACAGCUGUACUAUAGAUUCCCAUGACACUCUUCUUUUCAUUCUUCUCCCUUCCCAUCCCUCUCUCUCCACAGCCCCAUCCCUCAGAUCCGCUGGAGGAAGAUGAACGGAGAGCUGCCGUCCAAUCACGACAUCAGCAUGGCGGGGGCCCACCUCCACCUGUACAACGUGCAGUAUGAGGACGAGGGGACAUACGAGUGUGAGGCCCUCAAUUCCAAAGGGAAGGACCGGCACAAGGCACACCUCUCUGUAGAAGGUAGGGCUCUGUCUCUAGUCUUCUAAUACCGUAUAUAUUCUCCAGCUUUGUAGUUGCAACUCAAUGACUUCCAAAUUGUUAUGAUUUAACACCUUUUCUCUCGGGCCUCAUUUGAGUUGUGCAGGUAGCCUAGUGGUUAAGAGUGGUGGGCCAGUAACCGAAAAGUUGCUGGUUUGAAUCCCCGAGCUGACUAGGUGAAAGAUCUGUUGAUGUGCUCCUGUAAAUUGCUCUGGAUAAGAUUGUCUGCUAAAUGUAAACAUUUUCAUGCAUUGAUGUUGAGCGCUGAUCUCAAGUUAGGAUUUGGGCCUUACACUGUCUGUUUUCCUCAUCUCACUCUGUUCCAGCAUUCCCGGAGUGGACAGAGUCCAUCAACAGUACAGAGAAGGACAUCAGUAGUGACUAUACCAUGUCCUGUGUGGCUAGCGGCAAGCCCAAACCCCACGUCCACUGGCUCAAGAACAGCUAUGCCGUAAGAGAACUUUCACAUACCCUUUUCACACUGCUGAGCUGAACAGAGCCGAGCCAACCAGAGCUGUGCUGAGCAGAACAGAGCCGAGCCAAACAGAGCUGUGCUGAGCUGAGCUGGCCUGGUUUAGCACCCGUCAUAGUUGCAGGAACCGAACUGGAAAAAAACAUAUGAAGACAAAAUAUCUGAGCCAGCACAGUGUGGUUGGGGUUGGCAAUAUAGUGUGAAUCAGGCAAUAGUGCUCCGUCAGCUAUGGUGGAUGCGUAACCAGGCCUGCUCAGUACAGCUUGAUUUGUCUCGGCUCGGUUCGGUUGAGUCGUGUGAAAAUUCCUAUAGUGUUCCAGCAGGUCCCUUAGUUAGAAAAACACUACCCUCUCUGCCAAGGCCAGCAGCCAGCAUCAGGGUGGCACAGUUGUGACAGGCCGCUGGCAGGGGUACUCUGAAUAGUCUGAACACAGGGCACAGUCAAGACUCAGGAGAAGGUAGCUCUUGUUGUGUCUCAGAGGGUGCCAGUGUGGAGAGGAGAGAGGAGAGAGGGGAAAGGAGAGGAGAGGAGGAGAGAAGGCAAGAGAGGAGAGAUGAGGGGUCCUGUGUGGCUCAGUUGGUAGAGCAUGCCGCUUGCAAUGCCAGGGUUGUGGGUUUGAUUCCCAUGAGGGACCAGUAUGAAAAUGUGUGCACUCACUACUGUAAGUUGCUCUGGAUAAGAGCGUCUGCUAAAAUGUAAUGAGGAAAUGAGAAGAGAGAAAAAGGUACCUCUAGUUGUUUCCGAGGGUGCCAGCCCAAAGAGAUUACAUAAUUAACUGCCAUAGUAACUAUCACCAACCCCUGUCAGGAGAGAAGGCAAGUGGGAGGAUUCUGAUGUCACUGUGAUACUUCAUUAUGUAUUAAUGAUGGUUUCAUCAAGUCAAAUAAAGCCAUUUUAGUGCUAUUUAAUUCAACACUGCAUCAAUUGGUACACCGUAUUUCUAGAUUUCAAAAGUAUUUUGAUGUUUCAACGUCAACAUUGAGGUUUCACAAAAGUGAAAUCUCAAUGUUGUCAGUAUAACAUCACAAUUAUUUAUUGUGAUGAAAUCUCAAUGUUGAUAUUGAAACAUCAAAAUGCUUUAUUGUAAAAUGACAUUUUAGGAUACCAUGCAAUAUUGAAUUGAAGCAUAUUGUUGUAAUAUUGAAAUGCUGAAGAAUAUAAUUGUGACAUAUUUAUUUAUAAAUUUUCUGCAGUACGAUAAGCAUGAUCUGAAGUUCAAUGGUCUGACGUUUGAGGACUCUGGGAUGUACCAGUGUAUAGCAGAGAAUCGCCAUGGAGUCAUCUAUGCUAACGCAGAGCUGCGAGUGAUUGGUGAGUCAAAGGCUCAGAUUCAUCGUGAUUGGCUCAGUCCAAAGACUAAAGGUCACCGCACAGACUAAUUUGGAGUAAAUUAAUACAUGAAGUUGCCUUGUCAGUUGUCAUUGAGGCUACGUUACACAUAAACAAACAGCAUAGUCCAAUGAACAGACAGCAUGCCCUUUUCAGCGAUGACUUGAUCCGAAACACGUCCUAAUUAUGGUAAUGAGGCAUGAACAGAAGUGAAAUGCUAACACACAUGCUUCUCUCUGAGAUUUUUUUCAAAACUUUUUUGAACAGAAACAGUGUAAUGAAUAAACCCUAGUGUAAUGACUAAAACCUAUUCUCUCUGUGAUCCUAUGCAGCGUGUGCACCUACGUUUGAGCACAACCCUUUGAAGAGGAGGAUCCUGGGAGCUAAGAAUGGCAGAGUGGUCAUAGAGUGUAAACCUAAAGCAGCUCCCAAACCCUCGUUCUCCUGGAGCAAGGGCACUGAACUGCUCUUCAACUCUACCAGGUCAGCAUCUGGGUUGGGUCUGGUUGGGUCUGGGGCCAUAACUCAUCUAAAUGAUCAUGAUCAUCAGUCAAAUUAGUUUUUGGUUUUGAGUCUCCUCAAAAUUAGCCUUGUCUGAUAGACUGAGUAUGCUGUAUUGUAGCGAACUCUUCUAUCAUUCGUUGGCAUGCCAUUCUCGGGACGACCAGGCUACUUCAAAAUGUCUAGUCUUACUGUAUGUAUUGAUAUUUUGUCUUACUAAUUUCAAAAAGAAGCUGAGUGUUAGGUUUGUAUCACAUUUAAGUCAUUGGGGUUUAAGGUGAUUUGUUACUUAGAAUCCAUUAAAAUGUGUACGUCUCCUCUGUCUUCUCUCUUCUAUCCCUUUAGCAGGGUAAUGGGGGUGCUUUAGUUUGGCAGUGAGUACUGUGCUAUAGUCUGCUUCCCUCUGCUUUCCGCCACGGACUGACUUUAAGCUUGCCAUAAAGCUCAUCAGACAGGACAGGAAGAGUCUGGCUGUGUAAGCCCCUGUCUUCCGCCCCUCUGCUCCUCAACCACUAAACAAGGCUAAUCUGCCUUCACAAAGACCCACCACUCACCACAGGGGGUCGGACUGUGGGGCACAGGAAUACUACUGUGUCAUAAUCACUAUGAAACAAACUACUCAAAUCACUAUGGCUUGAAUAAUCUCUGUCCCUCUCAAACUACCAAAAUCACUCUCAAUGAUCGACCACUAACUCACUAUGGAGGAAUUAUUCAAUAACAGAGAUGUCCAACAUGACUGCUUACCUAUCAUGUAGGGUCUAGAGGGUUUUUCCUGUCCAUGUGAAUUCGAAUGAGUGCUGAAUAGAAUGUUGCCUUACAGGAUUUGCUCUUGUCAUAUUUGUAUUGCCCUUCUCUAUGUAUUUUGUACACUCAGAGGAUUUUGUGAUCAUCAGUAUAAGAUCUCUUGUCAUACAAUAUAUUCUCUAUAUCUGCAUUAAGUAGCUGUAUCUGUGUUUUGUAACACUCACAUAUGUUGUGUUAUCAUCAGGGUGUUAAUCUGGGAGGAUGGUGGUCUGGAAAUUCUGAAUGUGACCAAAGCAGACGAAGGGCGUUACACCUGCUUUGCUGAGAAUGAUCAGGGCAAGGCCAACAGCACAGGCUCCCUCUCCAUCACAGGCAAGCUACACACAUACAUGCGCGUACGCACACACACACACUCAUGGGCCUUGCACAAUGGCAGUAGGUAGCAGAUGGGAUAUUAUAGCUUGUAUUUGUUUUGUAAGAUUUUCAAAUUACAAGCAUUCAUGUUGUGAGCUUCUGUUAACUGUAUGGCUUGUCAAUUAUUAUUGUUGAGUACAUGUUAUGGUUAUUACACUGAACAAAAAUAUAAACGCAACAUGUAAAGUGUUGGUCCCAUGUUUCAUGAGCUGAAAUAAAAGAUCCCAGAAAUGGUCCAUACGCAAAAAAGCUCUCAAAUGUUGUGCACACAUUUGUUUACAUCCCUGUUAGUGAGCAUUUCUCCUUCGCCAAAAUAAUCCAUCCACCUGACAGGUGUGGCGUAUCAAGAAGCUGAUUAAACAGCAUGAUCAUUACACAGGUGCCCCUUGUGCCGGGGACAAUAAAAGGCCACUCUAAAAUGUGCAGUUUUGUCACACAACACAAUGCCACAGAUGUCUCAAGUUUUGAUUGAGCGUGCAAUUGGCAUGCUGACUGCAGGAAUGUCCACCAGAGCUGUUGCCAGAGAAUUGAAUGUUAAUUUCUCUACCAUAAGCCACCUCCAACCUCGUUUUAGAGAAUUUGGCAGUACAUCCAACCGGCCUCACAACCGCAGACCACGUGUAUGGCGUCGUGUGGGCGAGCGGUUUGCUGAUGUCAAUGUUGUGAACAGAGUGCCCCAUGGCGGCGGUGAGGUUAUGGUAUGGGCAGGCAUAAGCUACGGACAAAGAACACAAUUGCAUUUUAUCGAUGGCAAUUUGAAUGCACAGAAAUACGUUGACGAGAUCCUGAGGACCAUUGUGAGGCCCAUUUCUUUAAAGGUAUCUGUGACCAACAGAUGCAUAUCUGUAUUCCCAGUCAUGUGAAAUCCAUCGAUUAGGGCCUAAUGAAUUUAUUUCAAUUGACUGAUUUCUUCAUAUGAACUGUAACUCAGUAAAAUCUUUGAAAUUGUUGCAUGUUGUGUUUAUAUUUUUGUUCAGUAUAUUAUCAUAAGGAAUAGGGUGUCCACCCACUCUGGGCGGCAGGUAGCUUAGUGGGUAAGAGCGUUGUGCCAGUAACCGAAAGGUCGCUGGUUCUAAUCCCCGAGCCGACUAGGUGAAAAAUCUGUCGAUGUGCCCUUAAGCAAGGCACUUAACCCUAAUUGCUCAUGUAAGUCGCUCUGGAUAAGAGCGUCUGCUAAAUGACGUAAAUGUAAAUGUAAUGUAAAUAUGCCCAGAGUGGAUGAAAACACACUUUGGUGAUGAAAUUUCACUUCCUUAUGUUAUAAAAUACAUUUUACCAAGACAAAUAUGAUUAUUCAUGUCCUGAAUCGUUCAGUGGGGUCUUUCUCUAACAUAUCAUUAACAUUAUAUCCAAAAAGUCUGAUUUCUUAACCUAAUACAUCUGAUAAUAAGCACCAAGCUCUGUUGACAGAGCAGUGUCGUUUCUCGCAGCGACUUUUGAGGAUUUUACAUGUUGUGGUGGUCAUCUGCAAAGUUGUUUCGGCGGGUCGCAAAAAGCAAAAUUAGCAUGACACGAGUUGAAUUCAAUGUGAAAGGCUUUGAAAAUAAAAAGCUUACAGUACACUCAGUGCUCCGUUGAAGAUACGCUUGUUUUUCAGAGAGAUCUUUGAAAAAUAACAAAUGUCGCAUUAAUGUGAAAAGCAUAUACUAAAAUAUGAAAAUACUACAUGUCUCAAAAUUGAUAUCUAUCUUACCUCUCUAUAUUGUUUUAUGUCCUCCGGAUUCAAGAAAAAAGAUGACGAGUUCAACGGUGAGCCAGUCAGUUUGCCUUAAUUCUCGAACAGCAUCCAGCCUAGUAGACCCAUUACUAUUUUCCAGAUUUCUGACUACUUCUUUUCUCUGGUCUCCAUUGAUUUAGUCUCCCUAAUUCUGGCCAUCCUACAAGGGUAAAAACUCCAAUAACUGUUUAAUGGAUUACGAUAGAGACAUAAGGUUUGGACCAUUGGUUUUCUUAGAUGAGUAUCUAUGCAAUUAUCUUUGCCAUUGGUCAAAAUAUGCGUUUUUGAUUGGACGCAAUUUACACAUUCAUGUUAUUCAAUAAUUUCAUCCGAACUGCUCGCGCGCGUCAACGAGCGUCAGCGUAGCCAGGCACUAAAAUAGAACUUGGUUCUAUUUUUGACGCGUGACGCGUUGCAAGUCCCGCCUCUCCCAUCUCCUCAUUGGUUUUUAGGAGCAUUUACCCACGUGGGUGAUUGAAAGAUGAACUGAGGUCCACACUCCAGUCCAGUUGGUGGUAUGAAAAAUUAUGUAUGCACUCACUAACUGUAAGUCACUCUGGAUAAGAGCGUCUGCUAAAUGACUAAAAUGUAAAAUGUAAUGUUAGACAUAGACCUGUAGAGCACUUACUGUGAUCAAUAUCUUACCCUUCACUGUCCUCUACUGGUCAGAGAUGCUCACUACCACUUAACUCCACUCAGUUCACAUCAGUACAAUUUUACAGUGUCUGACAAAUUGCACAUGUUUCCCUAAGGCUUGAAUAUUAAACUAAAGUGGAUUUAGGCAGAGAAUUGUACUGUAGAGUACAUCCAUUGCUGAUCUUUCCACAUUGUAGUCAGCACAUUGUAGUCAGCAAAGCCCAGCACAGUCCUGCAAAGUUGACCAUUUACCCCUUCCUUUUCUUCUCUCCAGAGGCCACUAAGAUCACCUUGGCUCCGUCCAACGCAGACGUGAUGGUGGGGGAGAGCGCCCGCAUGCAGUGUGCCGCGUCACAUGACGCCACGCUGGACAUCACAUUUGUCUGGACCCUGGACACCCACGCCAUCGACUUCGACCGGGAGGGAUCCCACUAUGAACGCAACCCAGUAAGAGAUUAGAAAGGCAGGCCAGAAAACAUAGGGUUGACAGUUCAAAUCCCGGGUAUGGCCGAAAUAUUAAGUUAGUAUUACUCUGGUGUAGCUCUGUAAUACUCUGGUAUAACUCAUAUCUCUGUAACAUUUUUACAUUUUUAGUCAUUUAGCAGACGCUCUUAUCCAGAGCGACUUACAGGAGCAAUUAGGGUUAAGUGCCUUGCUCAAGGGCACAUCGACAGAUUUUCCACCUAGUCGGCUCGGGGAUUAGAACCAGCGACCUUUCGGUUACUGGCACAACGCUCUUAACCGCUAAGCUACCUGCCGCCCAGUAACACUGUAAUACCACUGUACCUCUCUACUGUAAUAUCCUUUUAGCAUCAGUUACUAAAAGACCCAUGGACUGCUAAAUACUGGUGCCUUGUAUCAGUUUAACUGCAGUUUCGUAUCCACUCGCAUACAUUAUCAAUGUUGUGACCCACUCUCUGCCCGUGCAGCCUUAGCUGUAAGCAGCAGCUAGCGUUCCUCAUCUGUCACUCCACAGGCUGGAGUAUCUCCAUAUAACGAUUGAUGACCUUGCAUAGUUGUGUACAAGGCUUAUUUUCCCUCUCAUAAAAUUACAGCGUGCUCCAGUUGAUUUUAUUUAUGUAGCAUCAGAAUAUUAUGAUUCAUAUUAUAGUAAGUAAGUUAAUAUAAUGCUGCCUUGAUAUUCUCAAUAGGAGGAUUUCUUAAACAGAAAAUAUGGCUGUCAUUGUAAAUGAGCAUUUGUUCCUAACUGACUCACCUGGUUAAAUAAAGGGUAAAUGAGAUAAACAGUGCUUCUUUGACCUUGGUAUGCUUCAUGUUGUGAGAGUGCAGUUCACAUAAAAUAACGUGAAUGGCUACUGUAGAUAUUCUGCAGGCUUCUGUGGUUAAAUAUUCUGUCUAUGAAAUAUUCCCAUUGAGAAUACUAAAGAAGCACCAUGUUAUAUUCGGCAAACAAGGCAGAAGGGUGAUAGCCCUCUGGUACAGCUCCCUGUUGUUCUCCUGAUUGGAUGUUCAGAUCUCUGUAUCCCUGCUAGUCUCUUCCCACAGCCUAUGUAGUGACGUGAGUCUGGCAAGCGGGACUAUAUCCCUCAGGACUUGGAAAGUUGUAGCCUUGUUACAAUAUACACUACGUUAACGGCUAAUUGGAAGAUGGGAAGUGGACAUUUUGUCUAGCUGGAGGUCAAGAGACAUUUUACAACAGCCAUAAUAUUUUCAAAAGAUGGCCCACAUGGACAAAUAGAACCCAUAAUAAUAUACCUAUAUUGUGAUACAUAAAUACAACCCAGAAUAAUAUACCUGUAUUGUGAUACAUAAAUAUAACCCAGAAUAAUAUAUCUGUAUUGUGAUACAUAAAUAGAACCCAGAAUAAUAUACCUGUAUUGUGAUACAUCAAUAGAACCCAGAAUAAUAUACCUAUAUUGUGAUACAUAAAUAGAACCCAGAAUAAUAUACCUGUAUUGUGAUACAUAAAUAGAACCCAGAAUAAUAUACCUGUAUUGUGAUACAUCAAUAGAACCCAGAAUAAUAUACCUGUAUUGUGAUACAUAAAUAGAACCCAGAAUAAUAUACCUGUAUUGUGAUACGUAAAUAGAACCCAGAAUAAUAUACCUGUAUUGUGAUACGUAAAUAGAACCCAGAAUAAUAUACCUGUAUUGUGAUACAUAAAUAGAACCCAGAAUAAUAUACCUGUAUUGUGAUACAUAAAUAGAACCCAGAAUAAUAUACCUGGAUUGUGAUACAUCAAUAGAACCCAGAAUAAUAUACCUGUAUUGUGAUACAUAAAUAGAACCCAGAAUAAUAUACCUGUAUUGUGAUACAUAAAUAGAACCCAGAAUAAUAUACCUGUAUUGUGAUACAUAAAUAGUGUUGUAAGUGUAGCUAAGUGUCUGUUCUAACUGAAAUGACUAUAGCUGAGAGGUUGUGUGUCUGCACAGAAUGAAAUAGGACACUAUUAUCAUAAUGGUACACUAUUACUGGUAUUAUACCUCAUCUCUGGAUGUGUCCUGUUGUCCCUGUUCAGAAUGGCGCUUCCAGUGGAGAGCUGCUCAUUAAGAACACCCAGCUGAAGCACUCUGGACGUUACACCUGCACCGCCCAGACCCCUGUGGACAACGUCACCGCAUCCGCCGAUCUGGUCGUCAGAGGUACGUCACACAUGCACACACGCACACACACGCACACACGCACACACACACGCACACACACACACACACACACACACACACACACACACACACACACACACACACACAGAGCACUAGAGUUGAGAAGGUGGGAGGUAAGUGAGUGGAUUGCUAGACAGAGAGUGGGAGAUGAUUGAUGCAACAUUUUCUCACUCUCUGUCGAACCUGUAAUUUGUCUCCAUAUUUGCUCUGUAUAUUAGUUCAUUAAACAGAUCUCAUUUCUAUAAGGUAAGAGGAGCUGCCCUCUGAAAACAAAGUAAAUGACAAAUCUAAAGACAAGUUACAGUAGCUGGCUUAAAUAGCCCCUAUAAACUAAACUCUUAACACAGAGGGGGUGUCAUAAAUUAGUCUGCAAAAUCUUUCCUACUUUAUUUGGCACACAUAUUUUUAUGAAGAGUGUGUGUGUGUGUGUGUGUGUGUGUGUGUGUGUGUGUGUGUGUGUGUGUGUGUGUGUGUGUGUGUGUGUGUGUGUGUGUGAGGGGUUGUAAAUCUAGCCAGAGUUGUUUUAUGGGCUGAUUUGUCAACUCUGUGGCUCUGUCAGAGCAGUGGAAAAAACACUGUAGGAGGAAAUGCCUUUUGUCCUGGAGCCUGGCCAACCACUGGAGAAGAGGCACAUGUCACAGAGCCUCACACCAUGGCAUUUUUAAACACACUACUUUAGUUAUCUGUGCUACCCCGCUGCAUCUCAGUAUAGACGGCAUUAGGCUGGAGAGUGUUCCAGCCACCAAGCUCCUAGGCUUGUGUGUACAGGCAUACAGUGAAGGAAAAAAGUAUUUGAUCCCCUGCUGAUUUUGUACAUUUGCCCACUGACAAAGAAAUUAUCAGUCUAUAAUUUUUAUGGUAGGUUUAUUUGAACAGUGAGAGACAGAAUAACAACAAAAAAAUCCAGAAAAACGCAUGUAAAAAAUUUUAUGAAUUGAUUUGCAUUUUAAUGAGGGAAAUAAGUAUUUGACCCAUCUGCAAAACAUGACUUAGUACUUGGUGGCAAAACCCUUGUUGGCAAUCACAGAGGUCAGACGUUUCUUGUAGUUGGCCACCAAGUUUGCACACAUCUCAGGAGGGAUUUUUUGGUCUCAUCUGACCACAACACUUUCACCCAGUUCUCUGAAUCAUUCAGAUGUUCAUUGGCAAACUUCAGACGGGCAUGUAUAUGUGCUUUCUUGAGCAGGGGGACCUUGCGGGCGCUGCAGGAUUUCAGUCCUUCACGGCGUAGUGUGUUACCAAUUGUUUUCUUGGUGACUAUGGUCCCAGCUGCCUUGAGAUCAUUGACAAGAUCCUCCCGUGUAGUUCUGGGCUGAUUCCUCACCGUUCUCAUGAUCAUUGCAACUCCACGAGGUGAGAUCUUGCAUGGAGCCCCAGGCUGAGGGAGAUUGACAGUUAUUUUGUGUUUCUUCCAUUUGCGAAUAAUCGCACCAACUGUUGUCACCUUCUCACCAAGCUGCUUGGCGAUGGUCUUGUAGCCCAUUCCAGCCUUGUGCAGGUCUACAAUCUUGUCCCUGACAUCCUUGGAGAGCUCUUUGGUCUUGGCCAUGGUGGAGAGUUUGGAAUCUGAUUGAUUGAUUGCUUCUGUGGACAGGUGUCUUUUAUACAGGUAACAAGCUGAGAUUAGGAGCACUCCCUUUAAGAGUGUGCUCUAAUCUCAGCUCGUUACCUGUAUAAAAGACACCUGGGAGCCAGAAAUCUUUCUGACUGAGAGGGGGUCAAAUACUUAUUUCCCUCAUUAAAAUGCAAAUCAAUUUAUAACAUUUUUGACAUGCGUUUUUCUGGAUUUUUUUGUUGUUAUUCUGUCUCACUGUUCAAAUAAACCUACCAUUCAAAUUAUAGACUAAUCAUUUCUUUGUCAGUGGGCAAACGUACAAAAUCAGCAGGGGAUCAAAUAUUUUUUUCCCUCACUGUAUCUUCAAUGAGACAUGCAGGUCAACGCAUCGUCCAAAAAAGCCAAUCAGAGAAUGUUCAUCCUAAAAGGUCUGAGGAGGUUUGGCAGUCCAAGACCUGAAAAUAUACGUCCUGUGGUGGAGUAUGCUGUUGCCGUGUGGCAUUUCAACCUCACUGAGAAACAGAACCAGGCCUUAGAGAGAGUCCAGAGGCGGGCCGUCAAGAUCAUUCUAGGUUCUGGCUACACAACAUACUCAGCAGCCUGCCAAACCCUACAGAUGAAACCAUUGCAGCAGAGACAUGUGGAGCUGUGCCUGAAAUUUGCUCUCAAGCUGCGAAGUUCAAACAAAUUCUCCAGCUGGCUGCCACCUACGAGGGAUCAGCGACCCGGAGUAAGGACAAGGCAGGACGGGCAACUACGGGAGAUCAGAUGCAACCCUGAACACUACAGAAAAAGCCCAAUAUCAUAAUUAAUUAGGCUUUUAAACUGACACUAGAUGGGGUAAAUAAUUAAUUUUUAUUAAUGUGUUUCUCCUUUUAAUCAUGUUUAUGCUCUUAGUUUCUUACAGUUGAAGUCGGAAGUUUACAUACACUUAGGUUGGAGUCAUUAAAACUCGUUUUUCAACCACUCCACAAAUUUCUUGUUAACAAACUAUAGUUUUGGCAAGUCGGUUAGGACAUCUACUUUGUGCAUGACACAAGUAUUUUUUCCAACAAUUGUUUACAGACAGAUUAUUUCACUUAUAAUUCACUGUAUCACAAUUCAAGUGGGUCAGAAGUUUACAUACACUAAGUGCAGAAAAUGCCAGAAAAUGAUGUCAUGGCUUUAGAAGCUUCUGAUAGGCUAAUUGACAUAAUUUGAGUCAAUUGGAGGUGUACCUGUGGAUGUAUUUCAAGGCCUACCUUCAAACUCAGUGCCUCUUUGCUUGACAUCAUGGGAAAAUCAAAAGAAAUCAACCAAGACCUCAGAAAAAUAAUUGUAGACCUCCACAAGUCUGGUUCAUCCUUGGGAGCAAUUUCCAAAUGCCUGAAGGUACCACAUUCAUCUGUACAAACAAUAGUACGCAAGUAUAAACACCAUGGGACCACGCAGCCAUCAUACCGCUCAGGAAGGAGACGCGUUCUGUCUCCUAGAGAUGAACGUACUUUGGUGCGAAAAGUGCAAAUCAAUCCCAGAACAACAGCAAAGGACCUUGUGAAGAUGCUGGAGGAAACAGGUACAACAGUAUCUAUAUCCACAGUAAAACGAGUCCUAUAUCGACAUAACCUGAAAGGCCGCUCAGCAAGGAAGAAGCCACUGCUCCAAAACCACCUUAAAAAAGCCAGACUACGGUUUGCAACUGCACAUGGGGACAAAGAUCGCACUUUUUGGAGAAAUGUCCUCUGGUCUGAUGAAACAAAAAUAGAACUGUUUGGCCAUAAUUACCAUCAUUAUGUUUGGAGGAAAAAGGGGAUGGCUUGCAAGCCGAAGAACACCAUCUGAAACGUGAAGCACGGGGGUGGCAGCAUCAUGCAGUGGGGGUGCUUUGUUGCAGGAGGGACUGGUGCACUUCACCAAAUAGAUGGCAUCAUGAGGAAGGAAAAUGAUGUGGAUAUAUUGAAGCAACAUCUCAAGACAUCAGUCAGGAAGUUAAAGCUUGGUCGCAAAUGGGUCUUCCAAAUGGACAAUGACCCCAAGCAUACUUCCAAAGUUGUGGCAAAAUGGCUUAAGGACAACAAAGUUAAGGUAUUGGAGUGGCCAUCACAAAGCCCUGACCUCAAUCAAACUGAAAAAGCGUGUGCGAGCAAGGAGGCCUACAAACCUGAUUCAGUUACACCAGCUCUGUCAGGAGGAAUGGGCCAAAAUUCACCCAACUUAUCGUGGGAAGCUUGUGGAUGGCUACCCGAAACGUUUGACCCAAGUUAAACAAUUUAAAGGCAAUGCUACCAAAUACUAAUUGAGUGUAUGUAAACUUCUGACCCACUGGGAAUGUGAUGAAAGAAAUUAACGCUGAAAUAAAUAAUUCUCUCUACUAUUAUUCUGACAUUUCACAUUCUUAAAAUAAAGUGGUGAUCCUAACUGACCUAAAAAACUGAGUUUAAAUGUAUUUGGCGAAGGUCUAUGUAAACUUCCGACUUCAACUGUAUGUAAGCUGCACUGCAAUUCCGUUUUCUUUAUGGUAAACUGCUGGAGUGCACCAAUGUGACACGUAUGAAAAAUGUAUGCACUCACUAACUGUAAGUCGCUCUGGAUAAGAGCGUCUGCUAAAAUGUAAAUGUAAUGUAUUUAUGUAUUUGUGUAAAUAAAACCUAUCUAUCCGGAAAAGGUCUCCAGGAAAGGUCAGGCCUUUUAUGUCAUCUCCUCAAAGAGCGUGAGAAUGAAUGCUCCAGUGUUUGGGGCUUUGGUAGCCAAAGAACUGUAUCUCCUCACUUGAUUUCAAUCAACUUAGUCAUUGCUGCUUGUUAUUCUAUAUCCUCGAAAGCUAAACAUGUAUGAACCAAACUCCUAAAAUAUUUCCAAGGCAUGACUUCUGCUAUGCUGUAUGCCCUAAAACAACCUUUCUUUCAGUGGACAAAGGGGCUCUUUAGAACGGACUAAGAACUCUAGCAGAGGAGUGAUCCGGUGUCUGAUGAUCCCCAUUGUUCCCUGGUGGUGAUGCUUUAGAGCAGGCGCUGACAGAUGGGAAAGUGAAUGGGCUCAGGCUAUGACGAUGAUCCCAGAAUGCAGUCAAAUAAUAACAAGGCAGAGACCCUGGCCUGCAGGCAUGACCAAUGGAGUGCCAAGAGGAAGGAGAUGAAAGAUGACCGUUUAUCAAUUUUGACAAUGAGGAAGUAGAUCUAUUGAAGGAUUUUACCAAGGAAAUAUCGCACAGCAGCUGUAUCUUAUUAUUACAAUCUUAUUAUGAUAGUUCUAUGAUAAUAAGAAGAGCUGUUACAUGUGCAGUAUCUGAAUACAUAUGCGUAUCACAACAAUGUAUAAUUGUUGUCGUUCAAUGGGAUAAAAACACAGCGCCUUUGAAUUUUCUAUUUGACUGUUCAAAUAGACAUUUCCCCCCGUAUGACAUUCAUAAAAAAAACUAGCCUAGCUCUGAAGCUUAUCAUACUGCACAGACCCUGGCCUGCAGUGGGACAUGGAUUCAGAGCUUGCUCUAUUCACCAGUCCGCUUCCACACAACAAUACAACAAGCCUGAAAAUUACUUCUUUGUGGAAAAGAUGUUACUAAUACGUUCCUGUGAAACAACUCAGGGCUUCUUCAGAGUGGAGACAGAAGCUUAGCACACACACACACAUGCAUGCAUGGACACACACUUGUACACACACACACACACAUCUCUCCCUCUCUCUCUGGCAGUCUACAGUCUAAUCGCCUUAGUUCUCUGGGUGGAUUCUGUGACAGACAUGAAAGUCCUGCUUGAUUUCUGGGGCUGUCUGAGGCUGAGGGAGGGAGGGAGGGAGGGAGGGAGAGAGAGAGAGAGAGACUCACGCCAACAGUCUGGGUUUUCUAUUAUAGUGUUUCUUCUUCUCUCUUUCCUCCAGGAAGGGCAGAACUAGAAAAACUGUGGAUUAAAAAGCUCUAGGCCCAUAGGCUCAGUUAAUGUAUGUCAAUGGCCCUAAGUUGGUCUUAAUCCUCUAGUCUAAGACUGAUGUCAGUGGAAACACCUGUUUGGAUGUGCGAUGUGAAUCAAACAGAUUAUUCAGAAUAGGUGUUGCAGUAUAAGUACAAUGUAAACUUAACAGGCAAAGGAAACUUGCCAGGUCUAUACACCCAUGAACAGGAGGGGAAAGGCAUAUGUUUGUUUUGUUUUACAUUUGACAUUUUAGUCAUUUAGCAGAUGCUCUUAUCCAGAGCGACUUACAGUUAGUGAGUGCAUACAUUUUUCAUAUUGGCCCCCCGUGGGAAACGAACUCACAACCCUGGCGUUGCAAGCGCCAUGCUCUACCAAUUGAGCUACAGGGGACUACAUUAUACCUUACUAUACAGAAAGGUUAUGCACAGUUGUUGUAUAUGUGCAUGAUACUAUGAAGUUCUUUGUUCUGACCCAGUAUUUUCUUUAAUAACGACCAAUGAUUAUCUCUGUUUCUCCACCCAACCACAUGCUCCUCCCUCCCUCCCUCCCUCUCCUCCUCUCCAGGUCCCCCUGGGUCCCCAGGUGGGGUGCGUGUGGAGGAGAUCAGGGAUAAGAGUGUGCGUCUGACCUGGAGCCGAGGUACAGACAAUCACAGCCCCAUCUCUAAAUACACUGUCCAGUGCCGGGACUCCUUCUCUCAGGAGGACUGGAGAGACGCCACCACAUGUAAGUCAACUAAAUAAAGACUAUUCAUCAAACUAUAGACUGGUCAAAUAAAUACCCUAAAUGUGUAGGUCUGGUUUUGCAGUUCGUGCUGCUGCUUUCAGAACCCAUACCAGUGUCUCCUCUCCAACCUUUUCUGUCUCUCUCCUACUGUCUAUCGGUCCAAUAAAAAAAAAAAAUUUAAACUCCAAGGGACACCAAAGACUGGUCAAAUAAACUGUAACACUGAAGCGGAGACUGCUGUGGUGCCACUCUGACUGGCUAAGCGCCAGAUACAGUACAUGCAGUGCAUUCAGAAAGUAUUCAGACCCCUUCACUUUUUCCACAUUUUGUUACGUUACAGCCUUCUUCUAAAAAGGAUUACAUUUUUUACAAAUCCUCAUCAAUCUACACACAAUACCCCAUAAUGACAAAGCAAAAACAGGUUUUUAGAAGCGCCAGAUACAUAGCUAUACAUGGUGGAACUCUUAAAGAGCAAACCCUGCAGAGACUGAAACCACAAAUGUUCUGAACAUAUGGAAUGUGUCCACACAGGCACCAUAUCAUAAAGUCUCAACUCUUACAAUGUUCUGUAAAUGAAUAUUUAGGUGCGGUAGCACUGAAGUAAUACAACUUGUAUGAAAAGACGUCCAAGUGCUGGCAGCAUUUAUACACACUGUGUUGUGAUUGUUUAUCUCAUACUUCUCUGAGGUGAAACUAUGUGUUUCUAUGGAUCUCUGUCUUAGGGUGCUUUUUAGUUGUUCCGUUUUUAUUGUUGUUUUUUAUCUUCUUAUGUCAUUGUUUUUAUUCGUUUUUUCCUGUGAAGCACAUUGUGUUGCAUUCCAUGUCCUGAAAUGUGCUGUAUAAAUAAAGCUUGAUUUGAUUUGAUUUGUAGCCCCUCCGGAUGUGGAGGGAAAUGCAGAGACAGCCACGGUGGUGGACUUGUUUCCCUGGACAGAGUAUGAGUUCAGGGUGAUAGCCACCAACACCCUGGGGACAGGAGACCCCAGCGGCCCCUCUCCCAAAGUCACCACGCUGGAGGCAGGUGAGUGGAACGGAGCUGGUGCGGAACCACCAUCGCGUCAUGGUGGUUCCAUUGACUUAGAUCUGAAAACUUGUCUUGGCUACCAGAGCUAAUGUCUAGGCCAGUGGUCACCAACCUUUCCUGAGCCAAGAUCACUUUCUGAGUCCAAAAGCAAGCCAAGAUCUACCAUUCAGAUUUUUUUUAACAUAAAAAAACGUCAACCUAUGCAACAUUAACCUAUUAAAAACAGUACUGUAGCAAUGAGGUUUGUGCAGUAAGCUAUAGGCCCAAUACAUUAUCACUGCAUAUUGGCUAUGCUUGAAUUGCCCUGCCAAUGUUGUUCUUCUCAGACCAUUUAAUAAAGCAAAGUAUUAUGCUCACUCAGCUGUGCCUCACAAGUAAUACAAAAAAGUAUAUAUUACCAGUGUGAUCAUAUAUACUUUUUUGUAUUACUUGUGAGGCACAGCUGAGUGAGCAUAAUCAUUUGCUUUAUUGUAUUUUACUGGACUGAUGGCCUGCAUCUGAUGGUCAGUCUAGGCAGGUAGCCUAUAGCCCUUUCCAGCAGUCAAAUGACCGAGUGGCCUCAUGGGUGGAAUGUUAUUAAUAUUUUUCAUAAUUUCAUAAUUAAUAAACAUUGUACUUUUUUAAACGCUGAAAAUCCGGGGUUCUAUGUAAACAGUUUUAUAUUUCAGUUUUCUGUGUAAUAUCGGGAUGUAAACUCAAAUUGAAUCCAUUUCAACUCUAUAUCUGACGUGGUACAGGUGUCUAAACCAUGCUCUAAAGUCCAGAACCUUCUUUAAGACUACCAAGAAACACUCUGUGUGACCCUGAUUUAUCCCACUGCAGUAAAAGGUUAAGAGCUUUGGGCCAGUAACCGAAAGAUUGCUGGUUUAAAUCCCAGAGCCGGCAUGGUGGAAAAAUCUGCCGUUCUGCCCUUGAUCAAGGCAGUUAACCCCCAACAACAACUGCUCCCCGGGCGCCGAUGACGUCGAUUAAGGCAGCCCCCCGCACCUCUCUGAUUCCGAGAGGUUGGGUUAAAUGCGGAAGACACAUUUCGUUUGAAUGCAUUCAGUUGUACAACUGACUAGGGAUCCCCUUUCCCCAGUCUGAGGGGAGGGAGGUAGAGAGAGGGCAGCGGUGAGGCUGCCUCUCACCCGACUCACCGUCCCUCCGCUCUCCCUCCGCUGAGAAAAGGGGACGCAGUCUUCCAGCUGAUGGCGAAACUCAAGGUCGCACUGCAUUACUUCUGCCUCAUGCACCAAUUCAUGUUGUUACUCCUAUGACCAGAGAAAGUAAAAUAUUCCUUGAUAUUAAAAAAAGACACAAACCGCUAAUAAUAACAACGGAAGCUUAUCGGAAUACUUUGCUAUGCUCAUUCAUUACUGCUGCAGUACAGGUUGUAGCGUGUGUGAAAGUAGGGAGAACGCGCAUUUUAUGUCUUUUAAAGAGUUUAACAAAGUGUUGACAGUGAUGAAUAACAACUUAAACACAUCUUACUUAUAAAAACAGCAGCUCUUUGCUGUAUUCAUUGAGUCUCUCUCUAGUCAUGGUUUUAAACGUUUUGUAAUCUCACAGUAUCAACUUUGCUGUGCGCUCGAGGCAUCUUUUUACAGCCUAUGGCUCAAGGAAACUGUGCAGACACGGUGCUCUGAGCUAUCUGACUGGCCAGCGGUAGACCUAUAGGUGCACUUGAUUUGCUCUCUAGGCCUGCCGGGUAUGCAGAGUUCUAUCUGCACAGCAGCCCUAGCGCCUUCCCGGCUGCUGAAUCAAGUGCACCCACCGCCAACAGCUCUAAAUGAAAACAAAAUAGGAAUGCAAGGCUUUAUCGUUAUUAUUUUUUUACAUAAAUGUUUGAUGAUCGACUACGAAUGCCUUGGAGAUCGACUAGUCGAUCGCUAUCGACCGGUUGGUGACCACUGGCCUAGGCUUUAGCUCAGCAGACUAACACUGGAGAUCUGGUUUUGAACCCCAGUCGGCCAUAUAAGCUAAUUUAAGUUUAACAUUGGAAAAAGUAGGCCUAAUGUAACCUUUCUAAAAUAAUAUCAGCUAGAACACAUCUCACUAAACCAUGACAAAUGAGAUAAGAGCUGUAGCCUUUCUACUCCCACAGUGUGGCAUUGGUCCCAUAUGAACAUGAAGGUGUUGCACUUGACAGCAUUAGUGACAUUGAUAUGGUAUUUGCAAAGCCAAUACUGCAUCAGUAUUAGUGCCAAUGGAAGGGUACAGUAUGUGUUGUUUGGCAUUGUACUGUGUGGACAAUGGCCCAUAUUCACAAAGUGUCUCAGAGUAGGAGUGCUGAUCUAGGAUCUAGUUUGACCUUUUAGACCAUAAUGAGUAUGAUUAAAUGGACAGGCAGGACCUGAUCCUAGAUCAGACUCCUACUCUGAUGUGCUUUGUGAAUACUGGCCUGUGAAUGUGAACUCAGGGCUUGGCGUUUGCUGUCUCGUUUUAGUUCCCGUGGUGGCUCCCUCGGACAUCGGCGGCGGUGGCGGGACCAGCAGGGAGCUGGCCAUCACUUGGACGGUAGGUCUAGCCAAUACCUUUUUCUAUCUCUGCCAGGGUGAACUGUGGCCACAAACUCAACUUCGCACCUAAAUCUGAUCUGACAGCAGCCAGGAGCAAGCCAAUUGAGACAAGCGUCUUUGCAAGGCAGUGCAAACCAGCUAUGAUAGUAAGGUAGCUAUGUUCCUAAAGGAAGAGGAAAGAAAACACAUCAUUUCACAACAGCACAUUCAUGACCGUUUGACGGAUGACGACUGGUAUCCAGAAGUGCUUUUGUAUCUGUCUUUAAUCUCUCACUUUUUUUAGACUCACAACACAAUCACCAGCAAAACUAUCAGUGAUAGAUAUCAAGCAUUAGCUAGCCUCCGUUUCUGUGCUUCCCCCUUUGACAAAUUCCUAUAGCGCUCCUGGGCAAAUUGCCUUUUCUUGCUAGAAGCCUGGCAGCAUCAAUCUUACAGCAGUUGGUCGAUGUGAUGAGGCUUGUGUUUAAAGGUUAACUGUGUGUGUGUGUGUGUGUUUAGAGGUUAGUGGUAUCUGAUGCAUGUACGCCACGCAGAACAUAUGGUGUGAUGGUGCCUGAGCCAAGCUAGGAGAUGAGGCAUGGGGAGAGGGCGUUGGUCUAAUAAUAAGAGUGUCAUAACUUUGGAAUAAACACUCUGUCGGAGACACAGUCGUCAUGGUAACUAGAAUAAUAUAACACAUUUUAGAGUGACCCCUUAUUUUGGGUCUGGCCAUUGUCUUGUCACUCAGCACAACUCUGUCUGCAAGGAUGUCUUUCUUGCUGUGGAUAUUUCUGUUAUUCUUAAUAUUUCCCAUUCCCUCUACCAGCCAGUGCAGCCACAGUACUACUAUGGACGUAACUUUGGCUACAUCAUCGCCUUUAAGCCCCGGGAUGACGACGAGUGGAGGAAGGUGACUGUGGCAGACCCCGAGGCUAAACACUACGUCCACAAAGACUCCUCCAUCCCCGCCUCCACAGAGUUCCAGGUCAAAGUCAAGGCCUUCAACAGCAAAGGAGAAGGACCCUAUAGUCUCACGGCUGUCAUCUACUCUGCACAGGAUGGUAAGCACAGAUCUAGGAUCAGCUUACUCCUCAGCCCAACCUCAACCGUAGGUGGAUAAACUGAAAAACUGACCCCAGAUUAUUGUACUCUGUCAGCAGCAUAGAGAGAGGGGGGCUCUUCAGAACGCCACACCUACAUAUCAACUGUUUCAAUCUGUCAGUGUCAAUUACUUAUCAGCACGGUGACUUUUUAAUGGAGUGGGAUAUACUUAAUAACUAAUCCAAAGAUGAAUGUGAAGAAUUGUACCCUUAGAAUGUGAAUCCUUCCUACCCUCCCUCCAUCUCUCCCUCCCUCCCUCCACUCCCCACCCUCAUCAGAGUGGGAUUAUCGUGAUCUAUGUAGCCCACUUAUUAACUUCAGCUGACAGACAAUCAAGAUAGCCACUACGGAGAGAUGCUCAGUUGCCAUGGUAACGCUCUUUGGGGGUGUAAAAGAGGGGAGAAGCAUUCAGUUAAGCCUGAUGACGUGUGUGUGAAGGUUUCUUGGUGCGGCGCCCUGCGUGAGAUUUAAACAUCAAAAGGACAGCGCUCUCUCGGAGCGAAUACCAUGGGUCAUAACUCAGAGGAAAGGGUUUGUUGGAGAGCAGAAAGAAUGUGGGUAGAUUUCUGUUACUGAGCUUGUUCUAGGUAAUGAUUAAUGCCUGUUAACAGAUGCCUCCUUACCGAGACUGAGGGAGGUUUGCAUGAACAAGUCAGACUUGGUACCAACAUGAAGUUGUAAAGUGAAAUAAAGACUAUAUUCAUAGAAAAUUGAUAGUUACGGUAGGUGGGUAUAUGGAGGAAAUACUUUUACAGGGUCUCUCUCUCUCUCUCGCUCUCUCUCUCUCUCUUUCUCUGUCUUAUAUAUCUGUGUGUGCCACCAGUGCCAUCUGAAGCCCCUGCUAGUGUGGAGGCCAGGGCGCUGUCUGCCACUGAGGCUAUCGUGUGGUGGCUUCCUGUCACCCAGCACACUGUAGAAGGCUACCAGGUCAGUACUAUGUGUCUGUGUCUAUGAGGAGUAACAUGACUGUUUAUCAGAUAGAAGUAGAAGCGACCUUUAUGCACCAACCCAGAGUCCUCCAAACAAUGGACUAACCCUGAUAACUCCAUUGUAUUUGCACCACAGUCAGCUAAUAGUUAUUACCAUAUUAUUUUACCAGGAACUAUUUAGACCCUAGAAUAGUAUAUACAGUAUAUUGAGUCUCUGUGACCCUUUUCCUUCUCCUGUCCAGGUGCGGUACUGGAGGAAGGCGGAGGACAGCGAGACGUCCAGUCAGAGGGUGGUGGUGUCCAGCAGAGAGAACCAGACCAGGCUGGAUAAUAUGAGGCCAGACUCCCACUACCUCAUAGAGGUCAAGGCCUACAAUGCAGCUGGAUACGGACCCCCCAGCCAACACUUCCAGAUCUACACCAAGAAAGCCCGUACGUAUUUUGAUCUCAGGGCUGGUUUCCUGGAAACAAAUUAAGCCUACUCUAAUACAAAAAAAACAUUUGUCAGUGGAGUUUCUCUAUUGAAAGUGUCUUAGUGGAGGACUAGGCUUAAUCUGUGUCUGGGAGACUGGUCCUCAGAUGAAUAAUCAUCAGCAUAUUCUGAGUUAUGUACCGGGGUGCAAAAGUGUGAUUUCACUGAUUCUAUUUGAUUGUCACAUGAUCCUUACACUGUAGAAAUGUUUAUCUUCUGUUUUUCGCCAGCCCCAAGCCGGCCUCCUAAAAUAAUCAGUAAAAAGCUGAAAGGCACAUCAGUGAAUAUCGCCUGGGAACACGUUGAACCCUUGGCCAACGAGUCAACAAUAGAUGGCUACAAGGUGGGUACAGUUUUACAAAUGCAUGGAAGCUUGUAGUGCAGUAAAAAAAACAAAAAGUAUGUCCUUCAGAUCAACACAUGAGCAAUAACUAAUGUGUCUCUCUCUAGCAUCUGUCACAUACGCACAUGAGACGUAACAGAUUUCUUAAAGCUACAGCUUUCAAAACUCAACCAAGCUAGAAGGUCCACAUUACUGGACACAACAUACAGUUUACUCAAGUGAAAUCUAAGAAACCUAAAUAUCUGAUAUUGAGUGAUAAUUCACUUAACAUUAGUGGGGGGUUUUCUCCUUGUUUUUUCUUACCAAGCUAAAUGAUCUAACAUCAUUGGCAGAUCAUUUUGCUUAUUUUAACCUAAAAAGGCUUAUUACAAGUAAGGGAACCGAAGCCUCCCUCCCAGAUGAUCUUAACACAUUCUAUGCUCGCUUCAAGGCAGACAAUACUGAGCCAUCCAGGAAGACUCUCGCUGAUCCGGACGACCAGGUGCGUUCGCUCUCCGAGGCUGACAUGAGGAAAACUCUCAAAAGAGUGAAUAUUCUCAAAGCUGCCGGCCCAUAUGGCAUCCCUGGCCGUGUCCUCAGAGUGUGCGCUGACCAGCUGGCGGGCGUCUUCUCUGACAUAUUCAACCUGUUCCAGGCUGUAGUCCCCACCUGCUUCAAGGACACCACCAUCAUCCCAAUGCCCAAGAAAAACAAGGUGACAUGCCCAAAUGACUAUCGCCCGAUCGCGCUCACCCCGCUCAUCAUGAAGUGCUUCAAGAGGCUGGUCAUGACGGUUGUAGGCCUCGUAACCAACAAUGAAGAGUCGGCCUAUAGGGAUGAGGUAAGAGGAAUUGUGGUGCCAGGACCCCAAUCUCCCCCUCAAUGUCAGCAAAACAAAGGAGUUGAUUGUUGACUUCAGGAAGCAGAGGAGGGAACAUUCCCCAAUCCACAUCAAUGGGACUGCAGUAGAGAGCGUGAGACGUUUUAAGUUCCUCUGUGUCCACAUCACUUAGGACUUGACAUGGACCAACAACACCACCACUCUUGUCAAGAGGGCGCAACAGCGUCUCUACUUCCUAAAGCUGCCAAAUUAAGGCUGAAAUUUGGCAUGCCACCCCGGGUCCUCUCCAAAUACUACCGCUGCACCAUUGAGUGUCCUGACCGGUUGCAUCACGGCCUGGUAAGGGGAAUUGCUCCAUCCACGACCGAAAGGCCCUCCAGCGGGUGGUGAAGAUAGCCCAGUACAUCACUGGGACCGUGUUUCCACCCAUCCAGGACAUCUAUUCGAAACAGUGUGGCAGGCCCGCAGCAUCAUCAAGGACCCCACACACCCCAGCCACGAGCUGUUCCCUCCCUUACUGUCGAGCAGACGGUAUCGGAGCAUGAGGUCUGAUACCGACAGGCUCAGAGACCAACAGGCUCUAUCUACAAGCCAUCAGAGAGCUGGACCCUUGAACUGGACUAACCACCUGCACUGACUCUCUGUACCUUAGCACACAUGCUCACACUCACAUAGAUAUACACUCAUCCACACUCGCACGCACACACACACACACACACACACACAUACAUUCAUGCUACACACAUCACAAUUGCUAAAUACUUCACAAUUAAACACUUGUCCCCCAAUCCCCCUUCCCCAAAAUACAUAUAAAUAUUGGAGUAUAAAUUAUGCCUUCCUGUAUUAUACUUAUGCUAAAAUGUUUAUUCUAUUCUACUGAGCCAUUCACUUUAUAUUAGUAGUCUUAUCUUUUAGUAUUUCUUAUUGUUGUUGCAUUGUCGGAAAGGAACCUGGAAGUAAACAUUUCAUUGGACAGUGUAUACCAUGUGUAUCCCAUACAUACAAAUAAUAAAACUUGAAACUUGAACUUGUAUUUUCUUAUUUCAAUAUAUUUUACCUUAAUAAGAUGAUUAAGGGAAUUAUUAGUCAAUAUAAGAUAUUUAGGCGUGCUUAGAUUUCACUUUUUGCAGUGUAAUCACAGCUCCUUAGUAUGUACAUAUAUGAACUGAUCUAAUGUUCUCUCUCUGUCUGUGUGUUGGUCUCCAUACAGGUCCUGUACAGGCAGGCUGGCAAAUCCACUGGGAUGCUGUUUACCACUGGGAAGCGGUCCAUAGACCUGCCCAUGCACAAGGACGGGGACUACGUAGUGGAGGUCAGGGCUCACAGCGAGGGAGGGGAUGGGGCUGUGGCCCAAGUACGCAUCUCAGGUAACACAUCAAUCAAAAAUCAACAUAAUAAAUGAAUAGAAAUGUAUAAAGCCCCUUUUACAGGCAGAAAUGAAUAUGACACAAAAUGGAGGCUGAUUGUGAGGAGGUGCUAUAGAUGAAGUAUCCAACCGUCAACAUAAUAACACUUGAGUGAAGCACUGUAAUCCAUCAGAAGUUGAAUCCCAUAUUUGGUGCGGUGGGGAGAUAUCACCAUCUUAUCCAAGGCUGCUGGCCCUCCAUUUGUCAAACCCCCUGCAUUAUAAUCCCCCUGGAGCUCAGAUUCCCAGGAGUCUGUGAAAUCAAGCUGUCAGGUGGGACUGGCCUCCAUGAUAACAGCUACCCAGGAGGGGGUUUCCCCUCCACCCCUUCAUCCAUCCACCCCUCCAUCCCCCACCCCAUCCACUCAGCCAGUCAUUCAGUCAGUAGGCCAGUCAGUCAGGGGAUAAAGUCAGUGGGCCAUCACCAGGCUUUUGUCAUGGACUUUAUACUAAAGCCUUUCCACCCAUCGUAUUCCUAUGAUAAUAAUAUAUACUAUGAAAACGUCAGUGACAGCUUCUGUCCAUGGGUUGACUGUGACAAAUGACUCUGGCUUUCGGUGGCCAUCUUUAAAACGGAAAUAAUCCUGCUAUUUUGACAGACAGGAUAGCCCAGGAAAGAGCUAAAGGCUACACAAUGCACCCAUCUAACCAUACAUUUGGAAUUGUGAUCGGUUCACCAAUGGCUUCUCUACUGGAGUGACAUUGAUAUGGAAAUGAGCCCUCAUGAAUGUUGCAUGUGUGGAUUGAACAGAGAGAACUCUAUGAAAAUAAAUGUUGUGUCAGUCAGCCAUAACCGUCAGCCAGUAAUUUACAGUACAUGUCAUCGAUCUCCAAAUUGGAUGUGGCACUCAAACCUGACUCUGUCUUGCCAUACAAAUUCUAAAUCCAAUCUUUGGCUUAUUGAGAACAUGUCACACCAUAUUACACAGGGGUAGGGAGAGGGGCCUCUCAGAGUGGUACACAGUAUGAUAUCAUAAAACCAUGAAGGAUGAAGACCUACAGAAAGUGGUCGAAACUUUGUCGGCAAUUAACCACAUAGGAGCAUAGAUUGCAGUGUGCACUCUUUUUACCAUUUGCUAAACAUAUGAUUUGAUAUCCACUACCUGCUCAAACACAUUGGAUGUGCGUUUGUAAUCUUUUCCUAUCAUGAAACCAUACACAAAAUCCCUAACAGAACAGACCAAAUAUACCUGACUUGGUUGAUAGGUUAGAACGUUACCCAAAAUGUAAUUGAAACGUUGUGCCUCUGUCUGUCUCCCUCCAGGUGGAGGCGUCAUGGCUGCCAAGUCCCUCAGCUUGGCCUCCCUGCUCCUGGUGGCUCUGUUCUGCCUGAUGGGCCUCUGAAUGUAGCGCCAUCUUUGUCUUCACUGUCCAGUCCAGUGAAGGAGACUCUGUGAAGUUGACGCCUAUCUAUGACAACUUUGGUUUCCACAAUCUUUGGUGUCACCCUGCAGGGCAAAAGUCCAUAUUCCCCUCUCGAGGAAUAAGGCUCUGUUUGUGGAAAAAGACACAAUACAAAAUUUGAACAAAGAAGACAUCUGGGAUAUCUCUUAUUUAAUACCUACAAUAUCUUUGAAGGAGGAGCGUCAAAGGAGGUCUUUCAACUUUUUCAAUAUGCCUUAUAUGUAAACGGUUACACUUAUCUUUCACAAUGCCAUGACUUGCUCUUGACUGGGUGAGGUGUGAGUGCAUAGGUACUGCACAAAGAUUGCAGAUAACUGUUUAAAAAAUAUUGUGAUACAGGCCUUUCUUGUUCAUUCAUGAAGGUACAGUAGCUUCAAAGUGUGUGUUUCAUUUGAUGUAUGACAUUAUGGACAAUUGUUACAACAUAGCAUUCCAUAUAUACUGUAAGUAUAAUCUUAGCAGGUAAUAUAGUUGUGAAGGAUAAGUGUAUGAGUUUAUGAAAUUGUCUUUAUGUGUUUUAAUUGCAUUUCGGUGGCUUUUUAUUUUAUUUUCAAGAUGAAUUACACCAUCCCCUUACAGAGAUACAGUCAACUCAAAUCUCUACUCAUGGUCCCCGGCAUACUCCGAUUUUUCUUAUCAAACAUCAUCAGACAAAAGAGCAAUUUAUGUCAUGCUAAUAUAAUAUAUGCAAUAAUUUAUAUGGUUUUGCUAUCUAAUAAGUACAUAUAGCCAGUACAUAUAGCUUACUAUUAACGCUUUAACUUGUUUGUUCAGAGAAACAUUGAUUUUUAUCUCCCCAAAACAUGCUUAUUUCCAACUCAUAACAUUAUCUAAAUUAAUAGGAGACCAGUUUACAAGUGUUUGCAUGUAGACAUUGUUAUCUGAAAGAGUUUCCUGACAAAACAAGAUAAACUUCUCAGCCAGAGUGAUGCGUGCAUUUUUAGCACAUGUAUAUCUGUGUAUGUAAAGUUGAAUGUAUUAAUAAACUGUGGGAACAAGAAAUUAGCUUGAAAACAUAUCAGACCUGCAGUUUGUAUAUAUCCAUAAAAAUGAUGCUGA